UUUUCAGACUUGCUCAGUUCCAUUCGCGGUAUCGAACGAUAACAAACGACUGACGACAAGGACGACUUUCGACUACGACGCCGUAGUCGCGGAGUGCACGAAUUUUCCGAUCUCCACUCGCCCAUCGCCUCACCAAACAUAUAAACGUGCUCGAUUAUCGUGGAAAGAAAACAGUGAAAUGGUAGCUUUCUUGCACCUCUUGACUCACAGUGAUCAUUUUCCAAUUGCCGAAGGUGGUAUAAUAAUAGUAUUGUUGUGCCAAGUGCAAUGAGCGACGAGGCAUCGUCGUUGGGCACGCCCAAGAGCAAGCCCAGACGGUCAUCGACUUCUGAAGACACCGUCGACCAUCAGUUAUCUCAUAGUGCAAGCAAGCGUCUCAAAGAUCGGGUCACGUUCUUCGAACAGAUAUGGACUGGAGGAAGUCCAGCAAAAGCCGACUCGACACCAUUUCCGGACGCAGAAGAAUUCGAAAGGAAACUCAAAGAAAAAGAUCUUAAAACGAAACGAGAUCGUUAUGAAGAAGAACAAGAAGAAACGUACAGAAAGACCACCACAAAAAUCAACCAACAGUAUACCAGGAUUACCAGGACGAGUACGAGUAGAACACCGUCCGAGGAACGAAUCGUUGACGAUUCAGCUUACCAUACCAGUUACGGUGGAGCGAAUACUUUGUCGCAUUCCAAAUCUUCGAGCGUCACAUCGUUGACCGGUAGAUUUUUAUCCGAGGACAGCUUGAGGGCGAAGAGUCCUUUGAAAGAGGAUUGGGAAUCUGUGUCUAAUAAUACCAGUAAAAUGACAACCAGCUCGUCCUCCGAGUGGUACAACGAAUACAAAGCUCAAAGCUUACAUACGGCGUCGCACCACAAGCUCGAGUACGUCAGGAGCAAAUCGCAAUACGACAGUCAUAUAGCAUCAAUACGAGAUGAACAAGAAAGAGUCCAGAAAAAGACAUUCGUUAACUGGAUCAACUCGAUCUUGGCAAAGCGGAUACCUCCCUUGAAAAUUGAGGAUCUGAUAGAAGAUUUGAAGGAUGGUACCAAACUUAUAGCUUUACUGGAAGUUUUGUCUGGGGAGAAACUGCCUGUGGAGAGAGGCAGAGUUCUCCGCAGGCCUCACUUUUUAAGCAACGCUAACACAGCUUUGCAAUUUUUGCAAAGCAGAAGGAUUAAGUUGGUCAACAUAAACUCCAGCGAUUUGGUUGACGGUCGGCCAGCAGUCGUCCUUGGACUAAUAUGGACUAUAAUUUUAUAUUUCCAGAUCGAAGAGAACAGCAAAGUGCUAGAGUAUUUAGGUCCUUGGGAGAGCACGAGUAGUUUAGAAAGCGCAGGAACGUUGUCGUCUUCGACGAAAGACAAAGAGAAAUGGAAGCAGGGUGCGAGAAAAACGCUCCUCCAAUGGGUCUCGAACGCCCUGCCGAGCGAUUGCGGCGUGGACGUUCGAGACUUUGGAGCCAGUUGGAGAGACGGCAUAGCAUUCCUCGCCUUAAUUGAUGCAAUCAAAGCGAACCUAAUUAAUUUGGCCGAACUGAAGAAAGCAUCGAAUCGCACGCGAUUGGAAACUGCAUUCGACGUGGCCGAAAAAGAUUUGGGAAUCACGCGACUGCUCGAUCCUGAAGACGUAGACGUUCCACGACCUGACGAGAAAUCGAUAAUGACCUACGUAGCCCAGUUUCUUCAUAAAUAUCCCGAACCAAAAAGCACAGGACCGGACGCCAUCGCCGCACUUCGAGAGGAGUACGGCGACUUGUUGGCGUGGCUUUUGAAGAAAACUCAAUAUUUAGAACAUUUACAACAAACCGAAUCGCUACCACUCAUCUACGACGAAUACGAGAAUUUUGUCGACGAAGUGGAAGCCAAGGAAAUAGUCUACAGAAAGUUGAAAGGAAUCGUCGAAUCAAAAAGCAUGGUGUCGAUAGCGACCGAAUCCUGGUUUGAUAUCAAUAAACUCUGGCAUCAGCUUCAGGGACAGUUGAGAUUUUGGUUGGCUUUGCUGGACGCACAACUUCCCACAGACUUCCGCUUUGUCGGCGAAUGGCUGGCCAAAGCAGAAGACUUGCUGUAUUCCGAUGAUACACCCGCGGUCAUGAACGAAGAGGCCGCGACCGUUAUCAGUAGAAAACUAGAGGAACAUAAGAAAUUCUUUGCCGAUUAUCCUAACGUUAGAUAUAAGUUUGAGGAAGCGUGUGAUACUCCUUCAGUUCGUCAAGUGCCUCCCUCCCAAUUGGCUAAUAUGGCUAACAGACUGAACGCGGUUGUUCCAAAGGCUGCCCAAAGAAGGGUCAGACUUAAAUUCCUUGAGCACAAGUGUUGCCUUGUUGCUUUUCUACAACUGACUGAGAAUAAGCUCAAGGGGUGGACGGUCAAAUACGGACGACUGGAAAAAGUCGUGCAGUUUUUGGAACAGUAUAAAAAUUUCGUAUCUAAAAAUAAUAUUUUUCAAGAAUUUAAUAGGGCCUACGUGGAUAUGCAGGCAGUUAUAGAAGAAUAUAAGCGCGAUGGCAAUAUAGAAAAAAAACAAGUGAACGAAAUCGAAAAGUUUAUGCGUGACAUAGCGGAUCGUUGGAAACAUGUGUCGAUGGAGUUGAGGUGUGUCGAAAGCAUGCUCGAAGAGGUUGUUGCUUAUUGGCGUAGAUGGAACACACUUUCCAGCGAAUUUUCCAACUGGCUCGACCAGGCCGAGAAACACAUCAAACUUUCGGAAGACGAUCGAAUGGAGUUCUUCCAAGACAUCAGCGUGUGGAGAGACAAUUAUCAACUUCUCGGCGACACUGUGAGCUUCUUGAUUGCAACUUGUCAGGAUCAAAUAGCCGGUGAACUUCGCGAGAAGUACAACGAAAUGACCGCCCGUUGGGAUAACCUUUACCCCCACGUGAACCAGUACAGUCAUGCAGGAGACAUCCUCAGAAACAGAAAGGAGUUUAGGGCAGGAGUCGAAGUUUUGUCCAACUGGCUCCGAAACGCAGAAGAAGUCGUCAACUCCCAACAACUCGGUUCCAUUGACAAAAUCAAAGCCCACGGAGAAAAACUGUUGAAACUCCAAAGCGAAGUGGGAGGAAUCGAAGACUUAUUCAAAAACGCGAGCAAAACCUUCCAAACGUUGAUUCAAGAUUUAUCGAGAGACGAAGUCGAUAAGAUGAUGGACAUGCUAAAAAGACAGAAGGAAGCGUUGGUACGAAUGCGUGCCCUCAUACCGCAACAGAUACAUCUGUUUAGUCAGCUGCUCGUUCAACAGGAGUCUCUGGACGCAGGAUAUUUGGAGAUAAGCAAUUGGUUAGAUGAAGCAGAAGCGCAUUUGAGCGGCUUGUCGCUGGGAGGAAGCAAAGAAAAUGUACAGAACCAGCUCGACAAACAUAAGCGUUUCUUUGCCAGAACGCUAUACUAUCAAUCGAUGUUGGACAGCAAAAAUAAAGUUCUAAGGAACAUCGUUAAAGCUAUAGAUCACGACACAAAUUCCGACAUCAUGGAAAUGAACGCCAAGAUGCAAAGGUUGAACGACAGAUUCGAGUACGUGAUUAAGAACGCCCAAAAGUGGGAACACAAUCUACAAGAAAUUAUACGUUGCUGGUCAGACUUCAACGAAUGCGAAAGGGUUAUCUCGACAUGGUUAACCAAGGCUGAGGAGUUUAUCGGCGAAAAACGCAUUGAUUCUAAGCAGACUGUCGAAAAGCACAAACAUUUCUUCGAGAGUGUUGACGAAAGAUGGAUAAAUGAUUUGGCACAAACCGCUAAAAAUUUACAGAAAUGCUUGCAACCCGAUCAGCACAAACCCAUCGUCCAAUCCGUGGAGAGACUUCAGGCCAAAUGGAAAGAGGUGUUGUACUUUGCACCCUUGCACUUAAUGAGAUUGGAAUUCCGCUUGGACGAGAGCGCCUUUAAUCAAUACGUGAAAGAAAUGGAAAAAGAAAUCGUCUCCGAAAAACAGGUGAUGAACAAACAAGGCGACAUUCAGGAUGUUCUAUUGCGAAACGAAAAAUAUUUCGGUCGACUUGGGCAUCUUCGUGAAGCCGAACAGUGCCUACAUAACAUGGAAAAGAUUGUCACCGUGUACACUCAGCACAACCCAACGGAUAAAACUUUGAAAGAAUCUUUGGAUCAGUCCUAUGAAAAGUGGAAAGGUGUAAACGAGAAACUGGAAAAUCUCAAGCGACAAUUGGACGUUAUUCCGGAAAAAUGGAAAGAAUACCGUCAGAGAUUCGAGAGCAUGAUAAAAUGGAUGACAGAAGUCGAUUCCGUUUUGAAUAAAAUAUUUUCCAACAUCCAAAACAUGGAAGAUUUCGAAAGGGACAAGAGAAUUUUUCAAGGCGUAUGCAACGAUGCAGAUAAUAAACGAGACGACGUCAAGUGGUUGGUCCAGUGUUUAGAUUUUCUUUUGACCAGCUGCUCGGAAAGCGAUGCUACAGUUGAACAGUCGAAACUGGAAAGUUUGAUAACGAAAUACAAAAAUUUGAUACCUACACUAGAAAUAACAAUGACGAAAACGGAAACCCUGACGAAAUGUUACAUGUACAGGAAAGAAGUUCAAGAAGUUUGCACUUUGCUUAGACGCGUCAGAGAACAAUCUAAAGAAACUCUGCCCAUCAAGGAUUUAGAGACCAUGAACAAAGUUGUUAGGCAACAAGAUUCGGCUGUAGUUCAACUGGAUCAGCAAAGGUCGAACAUUAUUUCGAUGUUGCAAAAGGGAAAAGAUCUCGCAAAGGACACGUUCGCACCGGAAUUCCUUAAACAGGAAAUCCUCUCUCUGGAAAAGGGCUGGAACGAAACAUACGAAGAAACCAACAAAAAAUUACAGACGUUAAAGACCACCCAGGUAGUUUGGAAGUCUUACAACGAUCAAAAGGAAGAAAUCGUCGGUCUAUUAUCACAUGCUAGAGCGGAGUUGAACAGAGUUGCUCCUGAUCAAUAUACAAUUUCGACAAUACAAACGGAUCUACACAUUAAAGAAGAACUCGACGUCCAUUUGAGGGAAAGAACUCGAGAAAUGUUGCAGAAGUUGAGAGAACUCUAUUUUAGGCUCAGAGAAAUGGAACUGAUCGAUAUAGAUUCCGAAUUGGAAGAGGAAAUCAAAGACAUAGACGAGCGUGUUGAAACUACGACCAGAAGCGUACAAGAGCAGGUUCAAUAUCUACAAAAAUACAAGACAAAAUGGGUGGAAUUCGAUACUCGCCUGAAAGAUCUUCGAAAAUGGAUAGUUCAGGAUGUACCUCUCAUGAUCGAACACAUAGACGAGGAGUACUUGGAACCAGAAGAACGCAUCGAAAAAACGAAAGCUCUGAAAUCGGAAGUUGCCGAAAAGGUUGAUCUGCUCGAUCAACUGUACACCAAUUCCAAAGAAGUGAUUAUCAACGAGCAAACCCCAGAGGCUCAUAAAGUUAAGACGGACUUGGCGGAGCUGAAAGAUAAGAUUGAGAAAAUAAACGAAGACGUUCAAGUACAGUCUAUUGUAAUCGAUAAAGAUUUAGAAAAGUGGAAGAAGUAUCAAUCUGAGAUCGGCACAAUUAAACCGUGGAUAGAAAGAGCUGAAGUAAAAAUGCAGACCGGUUAUCCAAAGCCGACCACCUUGGAAGAGACCAAACAGACACGGACGAAGAUUGAAGAAUUCAAUAAGGACUGUGACAUACAAAUGACUAAACUGGAAAACAUUAAAGAUUUGAGUAGACAAAUGGUAACAAAGAAACUUGUUAAUCCAGACGAAAUAGACACUCUAUUUAGUAAAUGGACUGUUAUAAAACAAACUGCGUCCAACUGGAGUAACAAAUACGACAAGUUGGUUAGAAACUGGGAAGAAUUGGACGACGAUAUUAAAAAAUUAGAAACAUGGGUCGAAAAGAACAAACAAAGGAUCGAUGGUAAUUUAGCUGAAAGCAAACGUCCCCAACUUAACACUUUAGAGAAAGAAUUGGCAGAUCUGCGAAGCUUCAAUAACGAAGUAUUCGCCCAACAGGCUAAUCUGAUGUCUCUGAUGCAAAGCUCAGACUCUGUCGGCCAUCUUCUCACCCCAGAAGGUUCUGCCGAGUUAAGAAACAGGAUACAGGACUUGAAAACUAAAAUAACAAAACUGGCCGAAAGUACGAGGAGUAAAAUAGACCAACUUUCCGACGAAAUUCUUCACAGGCAAGAGUUCCAAAAUAAGAUUGAAGAAUUUUCAGAUUGGAUCAAUCAUCUGGAGAACAAGGUCAGUCAAGUCAACGAAAUUAAAUCGGACAAAGUUGACGUCGCCCUACAGACUGUUCACGACCUGAUUCAACAGCACACAGAUAAACAAACAAUGUUUAACAAUAUUUAUCAAGAAAUUAAAGACAUGUCCCUGGCAAGUCGCCCCGAAGAGGCAGACGCUCUCAACGAAAAUUAUAGCAAGAUCGCACAGACUUACCAGACUGUUGAGCACAAACUCAAAGAUAAAAAGACUUCGUUAGAAAAAUGGAGGGAAUUGUUGAAUUGGCAUCAGGAAACGAUGAGACAACUGUCCCAUACGAAAUACCAAACUAAAAAACAAAACUUAAACGUAGAAGAGUUGAACAAGUUCAUCAAAGACGUCGACACGACGUUAUCGAAAAUUGAAAAUUGGAAAUCGAAAACUAGUCAACUGGACGACAAAUCGCGGCAGAUAGUUAUAGUCGACGAGAGUACCGGCACUCCGACUACUGCAGAAGUUUUAUUGAAUCAAGAAGAAGCCGAAGCAACCGAUGUUAAACGAUUACUCGUUGACAAAGUCGGUUCUGUGGAAAAAUUAGAAGCCCAACGUCAUUCGUUCACUAAUUUACAAGAACAACUCGAGAAAAAAUCUAACGAAAUAGAGAAAGAGCUUAAAGAAACAAUCGAAAAAGCAACAAGCAUCAAAGAUUUUCAACCGGUUGUAGACCACUUGGAUAAUCUACAGAAGAAGAUAGCACAGUCGUCAGAUUUACGAGAGAAACUGCAUAAAGAAGGCGAAUCGUUAAUAAAGCACGAUUUUCAAAACGUUUCGACAGUACAAAAUGCACUCUUGAAAAUAGAUUCGAAAUGGGAAAAGCUAAGCGAAAAAGUCGAAGAAGAAAAGCAGCGAUACAGCGACAGUUUGGCAUUACUUGACGAAUUCCACGAAGAAAAAGAAAAGGUAACUAAAGAUUUAGAAACAAUUGAUCACGCUUACAGCACUCAAAAACCUUCGUACGAUCUAAUCCAAGCAAAUGGUAAUUGUGCCGAUGCGAAAAGAGCAUUGGAAGCGGUGAAAAAGUCGAAGUUAUAUUUGGAUAGAUUGGAGAAAAAAGCUCAAAUUAUUCUUAAAAAAUUCGAACCGGAUUCGCUCAUAGAACAAGAAAUAAAAUCGGAAAUACACGAAGCGAACUCGUAUUGGUCUAAAGUGUACGAGAAAAUUCUUAAAGUUGUUCACUCCAGUGAGGCAGAGGCCAUCGUUUGGAAAGACGUCGAGGAGGUGAAGAACGAGUUAAUGGCGUGGUUAAACGAACAAAACGUCGGUUUAACAACUGCAAUCGAAAGACCAAACGAAAUAGAAAACGCCCAAAUUAAAUUGACCAAGUAUAGGGAAGAACUUCCUUCGCACUUAAGUCUCAAGCAAAACAUUUUGAAUAAAUACGAAAAGUUAUUAGAAUUCGAAAACGUUAAACAGAUUCCCACCGUUGAAUCUCUAGUACAGGUGCUCGAAGAACAAUUCGCGGAGGUACAGAAUAACGCUGAUAAGCUCCAAGAGGUCACCUCGAACUAUAGCAACAAAGAAAAGUCGAUCCGUACUCAAAUUAAAGAGUUCAAUAAGACGAUAUCGGCAUACAGAGAGAGAGCUGUGAAAUGCGAAGAUCUUUCUGGAGAAAUCCCCAAUGUCUUCGACCGAUUAAACUCAUGCCAACAACUCCAAAGAGAACUCAGCGGUUGUAACGAUCAGGUCCAGAAGAUCGAAGAAAGUAUCGACAAUAUAAAAAGUUUGUACAGUAACGUUGGCGAUGGUAAUAUCUCUAAAGAAUUUCAAAUGGCCAAAAAGAGAUACGAAAGCGUUCUGUCGCAGACGAAAAAGGCCGAAAGCUCAUUAAAAAGUUUCCUCGAAAAGUUGUACAACGAGAAAUGCAAUAAUUUAAAUCGAAUAAUAAACACCCACAGGGAGAAAAUAAAAUGGUGCUUACCGGAAGCAGACAGUGAUAAGUACAAUUUGGAUAUGAAAUUGAACACGCUCACUAGUGUUACCGAAAAUUUCGAGGAGUGCGACAAACGAAUGAAAGAAAUAGAAGAGUCUUUGAAUCAAAUUUGCCAAAUCGAGACGCCCGAAACUAAAAAACUUCUCACCCAAGAAAAGGACAAACAAGCCGUUGAACUGAAAAAACUGAAGGACGAGCAAGCUAAUGCCGAAAAGUUAGUAAAGAAUUGCCUCAAUCUUCUAGACAAACACGAACACAUGGUCGAGAACAUCUCAUCGAAGCUCAAACCGAUCGAAGAUGUUGCUCGUUUAGAAAAUACUAGUAGUAUCGCCGUUGAUUCCAUAAACGACAAGAUCAAGGAAAUACAAGAUUCAAUGAAUCGACUCAAUCAAUUCGAAAAGGACUUGGACCAAUUAAAAGAUUUGGACGAAGAAAUCCAGAAGCAAUUGCCUAAUUCCAGGACUGCUCGUGCCAGCCAACAAAUUUUUGCCCGAUUUCAGGCUCUAUCCAAGUUUAUUUCGAAUUAUUUGGAAAAACUGAAUGAACUGGAAAGCUACAUUCAACAAUACAAACAGAGCGUCGAUAGGUUCGAAAAGUGGCUUCAAGAAGCCGAAACUAAGGUCAAAUCUUACGAGCAUAUAGUUUCAACGAGUUCCAGACCUAAUCAGUCUACUUUAGAAGAACUAAAACAAUUCGUAAAAGAACGGGAAAGAGGACAAGAACUGCUGAACGACGCCGUGGAUCACGGAGAAGCUCUCUUCUCUGGUAUUACUCCUGCAGACAAGGAAAACAUUCGUACGGAAUUGCGCGAGUUGAGGAAGAAACUGGAAAGUAUAAUUGAUGAAGUUAACGACGUCUACAAAAAAGUUGAGACGAAGCUGUUGCAACGUAAUUCGUUCGACGAUAGCUUGGAACAAGUGAAAAACUGGCUCACGGAUGCAGAACUAAAGGUAGGAGAUGAAGACGAUCUGGAUGCGACUUUGCCCGAGAAGAAGCAGAGACUUCACACCGUACGAGGUCUUGCCCAAGACGUUGUUUUGCACAAAAACAUUAUCGAACAGCUACUGGCAAAAUUAAAACAAAUAACAGACGAAGAAGCAACAGCAAAAUUGAACGCAAUCUUACAGAAAUACGAGAAUCUUGCGAAAAAGGUCGACCAAAAGUUGCAAACGUCAGAAAUAUACGUAAACGAUCACGAAACUUAUCUGAAAGAAUUAGAAAAGUGUAGCGAUUGGAUGAGUGCACUCACAUCAGAAACUGCAAUAUUUAUAGACGACACCAGAACAGAAAAACCGGAUUAUAAAGUAACCGUUGCCGAUAAUUUGUUGGCCUAUCAAAACGAAGGCAACGCGCUAUUGAACAAUUGUAAGGAACUGUUGGAGAAAGUCCUGAAACAGACGGCACCGUCGGGACACCCUGCUCUAAAGAAAUUAUUUAAAGAACUUGAAGACGCUUGGAAGGAGUUCAUCAGCAUUUGUUCCGAAGCUAAAGAAAAACUGAAAGUUAUCCAGGACAAGCAGGUGGAAUACGAAAACUCGCUUUCCGCUUUGGAGGAUUGGUUCAAACAGAAGGAGAUGCAGAUCAAGGAUCAAAGUUUGAAAAGCACCGAAGAAGCAAAAGCUGCUCACUUGGAGAAGUUAAAGUCAUUAGAACAGGAGUUUCAGACACGCGAACCCGACUUUGCACAGCUGUCGCAUUAUCCAGAGAUCAAGGAAGAGCUUGUUUCAAAGGCUUCUCAGCUUGCUACCAAAUUCAAUGCGGCUAAGAAGAAUCUAAAAGAGAGUAUAUCUAAAUACGAACAGUACGUAGCAGAGCACAAGUCAUUCAAUAACGAUUACAACCACGUGCUCAACUGGAUAACGUCGAAGCAAAACGAUAUUCAAUCAAUAAGUCAUAUUGUUGGGGAUGUUGCUGUACUACAAGAACGACAACAAACGGUAAAGUCAUUGAUAGACGAGAGAAACCAAAAGAGCUCAGAAUUCGAGCGUAUACUGGAAAGAGGAGAACGAUUAUAUCCACACACUUCACCCGACGGCCGGGAAAUAGUAAGGCAACAGCUUAGAAAUCUGAGAACCAUUUGGGACGGCUACACCGAAGAUUUGCAGAGCGUGGCGCUGAAAUUGGAUCAAUGUCUCAUCCAAUUCGCCGAUUUCGCUGCUAUGCAAGAACAACUGACGAAAUGGCUGAAGGACGUUGAAGCAGCUAUACAACAACACACGGAGCUAAAGACAACAUUGCAAGAAAAGAAGGCGCAACUUCAGAAUCACACCAUAAUGCAUCAAGAAAUCACGUCCCAUCAAAGACUGGUCGACUCCGUUUGCGAAAAGGCUCAAGAACUAGUCAACCAGACUAAAGACAAGUCGUUAAACAUCUAUCUCGAAUCAAUUAAACAACUGUUCAAGAAUAUCGUAACAAAAUCGGAACAGCUUCUUUCAAACUUGGGCGAUUGUGUCGAAACACAUCAAAAAUACAAUAACCAAGUUGCAGUAUUUAAAAAGUGGCUGAACGAGGAGUCGGAAAAGGUGCAAAGUUUCAACACCACAAAGGGCGACGAAACAGAACUGAGAAAAAGGAUUGAAGACCUGAAAAUUCUACAGGCUAAUAAAAUCGAUGGGGGUAAUAAAUUGGAACAAUUAAAACAAACGUUUGUAAGUGUGUCUAAAUCGACAGCUCCGGCAGGAAUAGACGAACUUAAGACAGAAAUGAGCCAAAUCGAAGAUUCAUUACAGAAACACUUCGCCAAACUUGACGAGGUCAUUUCGAAACAAAACAAUGCGUUACAGCAAUGGAAAGAAUUUGAGAGCGAUAUGGAAAAAUUAAACGAAUGGUUCAAAAGUAUCGAGUACGAAUUCAGAGAUCAACCUCUUCAAGCGAAUCUAAAAACUAAAACCGAUCAACUGCAGAAAUUCUCUCGGUUGAGGGACGAAAUAUCGUCAAAAGAAAAAGAAAUCGAAUCGGUCUGCGACAAAGGUCAUAGCUUGUUUCAAAUUAGUGAGGCGCCAAAAAUGAAAUCCGCCGUAGCGCAAACCGGAAGCCGCUAUCAAAAUCUCUUGGCAAUAAGCAAAAACACCAUUGACAAAUGGCAAACGCUGGUUGACGAUAACGCCAAUUACGAUAGCAAAUACAACGAAGUUCGAGCAUGGCUAAAACCGCUGGAAGAACAUUUAGAAUCGCUCCAGCGGAAGGAAGAAAGCACCAACAUGGAAAUUAGGAACAACAUAUUGCAAGUGUUGCUGUCCGAAAAAGAGACUGGAAGGCACAAACUCAACAGUUUGACUAUUGUUGGAGAAAAACUUCUGCCUGAUACCGCUGCCGAAGGCAGAGAAAAAAUAAGGAACGACUUGAGAAAUGUCCGGGAGAGAUGGGAUAAAAUCGAAGAAGGUUUGGAAAAGCAGCAGAAACUCCAAGAUGCGCAUGCUUUACAAAUAUCCAGUUAUCAAGAGCAGUUACAACAAGUCCAAGCAUGGCUUGAUACAAUGGAAAAGACUCUUCAAAUAGACACCUCCACUUGGGUGACAAUAAAUGAAGUCAAAGCAAAAUUACUUAAGCACAAAGCGAUUCAUCAAGAGAUUGUUUCUUAUAGAAAGGCGAUUGAUAGUACAAUCGACAAAGCAAGAAUUCUAGAAAAGUUCUUCAAUACGGAAAACGAAAAACGAAACGUCGAAAAGGAUAUUGACUCGAUUAAUAACAGAUACCGAUCAUUGGUUGAAAAUUCCAAGGCGGUACUUGCACAGCUUGAUAAUUGCCAAGAGUCGUACUUACAAUUCUCCGAAAUGUACAAAGCGUCUCAAGAUAAUCUUAAACAAUUAUGGGAUCAACUAUCCAACUACACCGACAAUUCCGGCAACAAACAAACCCUGCAAGAACGUUUGGACAAACUUUCGGAGAUUCAAAAUCAAAUCCCUGGAUUGAACAUGAAACUGAAGGAAAUUCAAGAUUACGUCGACAAUAAAAUUUCCCUUUUACCUGUUCGUACACAAGAAACCAUGAAAAGACAAGUUGCAGAUUUAAAGGUGGAAUUGGAUAAAUUCAUCGCCACAUUGAGUGAUGUCAAGUACGCUUUGGAGGAACGCCUUCAACAGUGGGGAGAGUAUGAAGAAAAUUUGGACAAACUCUUACUUUGGCUCGGAGACGUGGAAUCUUCACUCAAAAGCUACACCCAGAAGACAACACUCGAAGAGAAGAAAGAACAGUUGGAGAAAUACCAAGCGCUUUUGCUAGAACUAAAAAGAAACGAGCCCGAAUUUGACAAAAUUGCAGAUGUUUCUACAGAACUGGUCCAGAGCAGCGGAGAGAACCGUCUCUUCGUUAACAUUCAGCAGAUGCUUUCCAGAUUUCAGUCUGUUCAGGUCACUGCCAAGGAAAUAGCGAAGAAAUGCGAACAGGCAUUCAAAGACCACGAAGCUUUCAACGAAAAAUACAAACAGUGUAGCGAUUGGAUUGCCGCCGCUCAGUUCAAGUACGACACAUGUCAGGAUAAUAUAAAGAAAGAACCUAAAAAGGAAACGAUGCUCGAGGCUAUUAAAAUUUUCGAAGAGCUUAUCGAUCAAAGGAGCACCGUCAAUUCUAUGCUCAAUAACAUGAUCGAAUUGGGAGAGAAGACCUACUGGAGUACGUCCCCAGAAGGAAGAGAAAUAAUCAGGACCCAAAUACAAGAACUUCAACAAGCUUACGAAUCCCUGUACGACGCAAUCGGUAGCAACGAAAGGGAUAUUAAGGACAAAUUGAAUAGGUUAAAUUCAGUCGAAAACAGUUUGGAACAAUUAGAAAAUUGGUUGAAGGAAACCGAAGAAAAUUUACCUUUAGAAUUAGAGUUGAAGGCAACGUUAGACGAGAAACGCGAACAGUUGCAGAAAUAUAGAUCUCUAUUGCACACCGUAACGUCUCACAAAGAGCACAUAAUGGACCUAAGGGUGAAGAUCGACAAUCUUCCAGAUCACGCAGAAUCCGUCGAUCAACAGUUGUCGUCAAUUUCGAGUCGUCACGAGAAACUGCAACAAAGAAUACAAUCAUUCGUCGAACGAUACGAAGAAUUCGUCAACGAUCAUCAGCAGUACAGCAAAGCCGUUUUGGAAGCACACGAAUGGAUGGACGCGACGCACAACACCGUCGCUCUUUGGGAAAGUACCGAGAUGGAACGGGUGUCGCUUCUAUCGAACCUGAAACGUUUGAAGAAUUUGCAGUCUUCACUGCCCGAAGAGGAGUCCAGAAUAACGAAGAUACGAUCGUUGGGAACCAAAGUGAUCCCCGGCACUGUCGACUACGGUCAAGCCAAUAUUCGUUCGCAGGCCGACAUGUCUCAACAAGAGUGGGAGUCGCUCAGGUCUUUUGUGGCCUCGGCAGUGACAUCGUUAGAAGCCAAACUAAACAGCUGGGCCGACUAUGAGAACAAAAAGGACGAAAUAUUGGAAUGGAUCCGCGAUAUGGAUACGAAAUUGCACCUGAUUGAUCUGAAGGCAACGGCCAAAGAAAAGAGACAACAGUUUGAGCAGCUGAAACGCCUCCAGGGUGAGGUUAAAGCCAAAGAAUUGGAAAUAGACGUUUUAACCGAGAAAGCUCAACAACUACAUAAAGAUCUCGGCACCAGAAAUUCUCAGAUACUCGAACUUGGUGUAAAGUAUCAGCAGAUCGUUCAGAAAAUUAAAGAACUAACAUUAAGAUGGCACAAUUAUGCUUCCAACCACGAGGAUUUCGACUCAACCACUGAAGCCUUCUCGUCGUGGUUGAAGGAUCUAAACGAGAAAAUCGACCAGUGUUCCGACAUGACCAAGCUGUCCCAAGGAGACCUUGAGACGAAGCUACAGAAGAUUCAAGAGUUAAUUCUCAACAAGGACGAAGGCUCUGCUAAAGUGCAAGCCAUCGUUGAACUUGGGCAAACCAUUUUGGCUAACACGGUACCCAGUGGACAUGACGAAAUAAGCAAAACGGUAACCGAAUUGCAAGAGCGAUGGUCCGAUCUGGUAUCAAAAAUGAUAGAGACCAAGAGCAUGCUGGAAGACAGCAUCGCCAAGUGGUCGGGACUGUUGGAUCAAACUCAAGGACUCGACAAAACCAUCGAAUGGAUGGAAGCUCAACUUGCCGAGUUUUCGGUCUUUGAAAACACGCUUCCUGAAAAGAAGUCGCAGCUCGAACGUAUUAAGAACGCCGAGGAAAAGAUUCGCGUGGAGAAGAUCGAAGUCGACAAUCUUCAGGCAAAAGUCGACCAAAUAUUAGUUACGAGUCAGCAAAGUCAGGCUGCUCGUCAAACGAAAACUAUUUUGGACAAAUUUUAUCGGUUAGCUGACGAAACGGCCAAACUAUUGCACGCCAGAGGAAGUCAGUACAGGGAUCACAAGACGUACAAGGAAGCUUACGAGGAACUUCAACGAUGGCUAAUGAGAGCCCAAGAAAAGAUUCCUCAGCUAAAACAACGACCGUUGUCGGAUAAAGCUGCAGUCGAUAAUUUUGUGGCGCCAAUCGACGCCCUUCUUAACAAACAAGCCCAAGGGGAAGUCCUGCUUGAAAAUCUGGAACAGGCUGCGCAAGUAGUUGUACCAACCACCGGUGCCACGGGUCAGCAAGCGAUUCUCAACGAAACGAGAGCACUCAGAGAAAGCUUUGAAAGACUUUUCAAAGACUUAAGGGAACAAAAAGAACUGAUGGAUUCCGUUCUAGCCCACUGGAGAGACUACAAAGACGAAUACGAACGUCUUUCCGAUUGGCUUCAACAAAUCGCCAUUCUCACCAAGAAUCAAAAGAUCGCGCUCUCAGCCACCGUUCCCGAAAAAGCGAAACAAGUACAAGACGUGAAAGACAUACUAAAGAAACUGACCGAUGGUAAAGUUCAAAUAGACGCGUUUUUCAAAGCUUCAGAGGUGCUACUAAAGUCUCAUCUCGACACGUACGUCAACAAUCAACUUCAACAACUUUAUUCCCGCUACCAAAUAGAAGUGAAUUUGGCUCAGGAUGUUCUCAAAAAGGUCGAAACCAAUCUGGAACAGCAUGUGCAGUUCAACGAAAGCUUGGAAAAAACGCGAAACUGGAUCGAAAACGCCCGAGAACUCAUACGAAAUUGUUCAGAAACCGGAGCGUCUUCCAGCAAGGAUGACCUACAACAACGAUUGCAGAAAAUACAAGAUUUGUUACAAAAGCGGGAAGAAGGUCAACACUUACUGUAUUUGACAGUCAAUAACGGCGAGAAAGUGUUGAGAAACACGCGUUCUGACGGUCGCGAAACGAUCAACAACGAAUUAAAGGAGUUACAAGCAGAAUGGGAUCGCCUGGUAAAGAAGAUGUCGUCGGCCAAAGUCCAUUUAGAGACUGCUCUUUUGCAAUGGGCCGAUUACGACAGUUCCUAUUCCCAAUUACAAAAAUGGAUCACCGAACGCGAAGCGAAGCUCCAACAAGUUUCCGAACAGAAAGUCGAACGUGCCAGAAAGGGGCAACUCGGACUUAGUUCCCUUCCCAUUGGAGAACGCAAGGCAACCCUCCGAGAAACGAACAGCAUCGUCCAAGAUAUUGUUUCUUUCGAACCUGUUAUCCAUUCGGUUGCAUCGAAAGCGGAAGACUUGAAGCAAGCCGAACCUGCAUCCGAAAUAUCAAGCAAAUAUGAAAAUCUCUCGAAACAAGCCCGACUUCUCUACGAAAGACAAAAGGAAACCGUCGAACAACACCAAUCGUUCAUCGAUGCCGUCACCGAUUUCAUUCAAUGGAUUCGGGUGGCCAAAGAAAAAUUAGGAAAGUGUUCCGAGCCGACUGGUGACAGGGAAAGUUUAACAGGAAAGUUGUCGCAGUUGCAAGUGUUAUUGAACGAAAAAGCCGAAGGUGAAAAAAUACUAAACAGAGCAUUGGUAACUGGAGAAGCCGCAUGCCAAUGUGCCGACGAAGACGACAGCGAAAUAAUCGAGGAAGAAGUCGCUUCGUUACAAGAAGAAUUCGAACAAUACGUGGAAUGUUUAAACAACACGAAGGGUUUGCUGGAAUUGGGCAUCGUCAAGUGGACAGAAUACGGAGAACAGUAUCAUCUGGCGCUCAAGUGGCUGGAGAAGUCCGAAGAAGAAAUGCAAACCUACAACAAACUUCAGAACACAUUGGAAGAGAAAAGGACGGUUCUGGAACAAUUUCAAGUCCAUUUACAAACGUUAUUCGACUGGCAGACGAAUUUAGACAAUCUCAACAUGAAGGCGCAAAAACUGUUGGAAACCUGCGCCGAUACCAGAAUCAGCAACGCAGUCACCCAAAUUGCUACCAAAUACAACGCCUUGCUGUCGCUUGCUAAAGAAAUAAUGAAGCGAUUGGAGUUACACUACCAGGAACACCAACAACACAGCGCACUUUACCAGGAAUGCCAGGAGUGGAUUUAUAGGACUCGCGAGAGGCUGAACGAAUGUGGCGAAGCCUCCAAUUCCUUGUCCGACAUUAACGCGAAACUUCAAACCAUCAAAGGCAUAAGGGCGUCGUUAGAACAAGGCCAGAACAAAUUAAGAUACAUUUUGGAAUUGAAAGAGAAGGUCAUUUUAAAUACUGAACAAAUUGGAGCUGUUAAAAUACAAGAAGACACAGAAAAUCUAAAACUGGACAUGGACAAACUUCUGGCAGACGUCAACGAAAUGAGGAACAGUUUGACUAGCAGGGCAGUGCAAUUGGAGGAGUUGCAGAAGCUUCACAAGCAGUUGAGCGAAUGGUUUGCUGACGUUGAAGGACGACUUAAGUCGGAAAACGAAUUUCUUAAUGAUCUUAGCGAGAAGAAAGCCAAAUUAGAAAAAUUGAAACUACUCGAAAAAGAAACUCAAAAUCAACAGGAUCUUAUAAACAAACUCAAGACCAGACUUGAAGAAGAAGAAAAGAGUAAAAAGUUCAAAGGAGACGAGUACUGGACCACUCUAAAGAAUGUGGAAAAUUUCAAGACCGAUUUGACAAAACUUAUCGUUCAAGUGCAACAACAAGUGAACGAUCACGAAAAGUACAGACAGUCGCUUCAGGAGGCUGAAGAUUCAAUAAAAGAAGUUCGCUUUGAAGUACAACAGUGUUCGAACACGCACGACGAUAAACAAGAAAUGUGUAAUAAGCAACAAAAGAUGAUCGACAUAGUCGAUUCUUUACCGUACGUCGAAACACUGGUGAAGAAAACCGUCGAACUGGGAUCGACCACCAUCAGUUCCACAGACAAAGAAGGAAGCAGCGUUAUAAAAAUGGAAAUAGAACAACUGAAUUCGGACUGGGAAUCGUUACAACAUUUGUGCAAGGAGACGCAAGAUGUAAUCAGGAAGUGUUUGGAAUGUUGGCAGAACUACGGCGAAAAGUACAACACAAUCAAUAAAUGGGUCGACGAUUAUCAAAAACUCAGUUCCGAUAAAUUAGAAACUGCAAAAGACACACCGCAAGAACUGGAAGCGUGUAAAGAGCUGCUUGCUACAAUCGUAAGCAAAAAGCCUGACGUUGAAGAUCUCAGCGACUUGUGCGAAACAUUAACGGAACAAAGCGCCUGCAGCUGGAUUCGUGACCAAACGGUGCAACUUCAAGGAGCGUACAUAAAUCUGCUGACUUCCAUGCAAGGCUUGGUUUCGAGAAUCCAGAAAAAUUUGACCGAUCACAGUGAAUAUUCAAAGAUAAAAGAAGACCUCGAGAAAUGGUUGAAUACAGCUUUCGGAACAGUAGAAGAAUGUACCGGUCUCGGAGACGAAAACGAAAUUAAAGAAAAACUAGAAACAUUACAAGUAGUUUCUCUACGACUAACCGAAGGUCUCCACUUACUUUCCAAGCUCCAAGACGCUUUCACCAAAUUAGUGAGCACUACACCUGCGGAAAAUCAGGAAAAGCUGAGGAAAGAAACCAGCGAUCUUAAGAACAAAUGGGAUCGACUGUCUAUGGAAAUAAAUCGCAUUCAAUCAGAACUGAAAGCGGGUCUCACUCGUUGGGAGGAUUUCCGGGAAUUCAAAAAUCAAAUCGACAGGUGGUUAUCCGAAAUGGAAAGUGCUUUAGCAGAAGACCGAAACACGAAAGGAGAACUAAGCGAGAUGAAAACGCUCUUGGAACGUUAUCGAAAUCUUAAUGUGGAAAUCGUUAGCAAAAAACAAGACCUAGAUCGUUUGGAAUCUGAAGCCGAGGAUCUCAAGAAAGGAGGUGUAGCGUUAGAGGAAAUUUCCCAAUUCCGAGAAAGAUACGAAAAGGUCGAGAGCAACUGUUUGCAAAAGAAAUUGGAAAUCGAAAUGGAAAUGCAAGAUUACAAUAAUUAUCAGCAGAAACUUCAGGAGGCCGAAAAAUGGCUCCUGUCGGUGUCAUUCCAGCUAAUGGCUCACAAUUCACUGUAUAUUACAAACAGAGAACAAACAGAACAACAAAUAAACCAGCAUGAAGUAUUACUAGAACAAAUUCAAAAAUAUCAAACUGAAUUAGACGACGUCAAGUCUAAAGGACACGGUCAAAUAGAAAAAUACAAACUAAUCGCUCCGGAAGUGAAAAAUGUAAUCGAAAAACAAUUGUCUAACGUCCAAGAAAGUUACGAUUCUCUUCUACAAACUGCCGUCCAAAUCAAAAAUCGCUUGCUGGAUUCCUUGGCCAAAUUCAAGGAAUAUGAAAGCAUCCUGCAAAGUAUUGCCGAUAAUCUCGACGAAUACGAAGUAGUUAUAAACGAACAAGUUCAAAAGCCGUACGACAACUCGCUGGAAGCUAAAGAACUACUAAAAUUCGCAAAGGAUAUGCAUGAGAAACUUCAAGGUGAAAAACAAAGAUUGGCUCUAGCAGUUCAAGCAUGCGAAGCUGCGACCGCAUCCAUAAGCAGACCUAGCAGUCCUAGAGACAAUCUACCGCCUCCGAUACCACAGAAGGAACUGGAAGUCAGAGGCAGACUCGAAGAUCUCAUCGAUCAGGUACAAAGUCAUUUAGUUAAUUUAGCGGCAGCUGUCAGCGAUUUCGAAGGCAAAGAGAGACAACGUCGCGAUCUCAAGGAAUGGAUAAUGAAUAAAAAAGCGGUGGUGACCGAUUGUAAACUACGUCCCACAAAGUUAAGGUCAGAAGUGGCUAAAGAAGAAUUGGACAACAUAAACGAUUUAGUGGACGCUGUCGGUCAGAAACGCAUCCAGCUCUAUUCCGAGUUCCCGGGAACCGAAGAGGAAAAUUCGCAUUUGGGAGGAAUGCUGGGCGCGUUGGAAAACGAACUGAUGGAAGUCAUUUCCCAAAAGCGUAGCAAUCAGAAUCUGAUCGAAGAAUAUCGUCAGCAUGCUCAGAACAUCAACAAUUGGUUCGAGAAUCUUGGAAAAAGGAUAGACGUUAUCGACAAAGGGUCAGGAUUAACGUGCAACCAGAAACAAGCAACGCUAAAAGACAUACAAUCUGAAUAUAACAACAACGGACCUGAAAAACUCGAGCAUAUAAAGAAAUUGGCCAACUCUGUCAUUGAUAUCGUUAACAAUUUGGAUUCGCAGCAAAUAGAAGACCAGCUGAAAUCGAUAGAACGAAAUUAUAACGACAUCGGGAAGCGAAUCAAUCGUAAGGCUCAAGUUCUUGACAUGAUACGUAAAGGUAUCGACGACACGAGAGAAGAAAUCGAAGCGAUAAAAGUGUGGGUCAAAGAAAAACAAACAGAACUUCGUGUUCCAGUACUUCUUGGUUUCGAAAGCAAGAAAGCGAUCGAAAAGCUGAACAAGUACAAGUCCCUUCUGAAAGAGGCGAACAAUAAAGAAAUUCUUCGAGAGACUCAUCUGAAAAGAAUACAGAAUAUGACCAACGAAUUGGAACAUGUUGAACAAUCUGAAAUAGAAACGAUACUCAGUGAACUCGGAAACGACUUGGAACAACUGAUUAAAAUGAUUAAGGACGAAAUAGAUAGAAUCAGCGGGGCCAUAAAUACACGACAAUCCUUCGAGUCUAAUUUAGACGCCGCAAAGGAUUGGUUGAAACACAAAAGUUCUGAAGUGAGAAAAUUAAGCGGCUAUUUACCAUUAAAGUCCGAACAGGUGGAAAGCGAGAAAAUACAACACCAAGUGUACGAAAAUAGUAUAAAUGAGUUUGGGGAAGGAGAUUUUAACGAUCUGCUCAAACUGGCUGCGAGUUUGUUAAAGGAUUGCGACGAAAACGACAAGGAACGCCUCAAAGCGCUCAUAGAAGAAGUCACCGAAGAAUAUCAGUUCCUAAAGAACGAAUCGCACCAGAAAAUAUCCGCAUUGAACGAUCUGUUGGAAGGCCGUUUGCAAUUUGAAAACCAAAUAGAGAACUGCUGGAAAUGGCUAAAGAAAGCUGAUGUAGCCACCUCGUCCGAUGUCAAAACUCAGAACCUGAAAAUAAUGGAAGAGCAAUUAGCAAAGUACGAGAAACUAUACGAAGAAAGUAAAAAUGUGAAGGAGGACAUCGAUAAAAUAACGGAACAGGGAAAAGCCAUUCUACCGACGAUAAGUGAGAACGACAAGAUCUAUCUUAAUCAAAUAUUGAGCAAUUUGACCGACAAGCACGCCAAUAUCGCCGCAAUAAUUCAACACAGAACGAACAGUCUGAAAAGAAGCAUCCAAGAACAGAGAGAAGCUGCAGCCAGACUUGCCGAAAAUCGACAGUUCAUAGAGGACGUACAGAAUCAAUUGAAGAACUUAAACAGACCUAUUGGCAGUAGACCAGAAGACGUAGAAAACGUUCUGUCGUUGUACGAAAAAUUAUUAAACGAUCUCAAGAACAACAGAGCCAAACUGGCCGAUGUAUUGCCGUCUUCUCAGAAUGCGGAACUAAAAGAAAUUGCUCAACAGCAAGACGAUCUGAUCAAAUCAAUCGAAGACCAAAUUGCCAGAUUGCAACAGCUUCUUCUUUUACGUGAACAGUACAUCGCCUUGAUUGCCGACAUAACCGCGUUCAUUGCCAAGUACACGGGAAUAGUGAAGGACAUAGAAAACUCGCCAAAAAAAGUGGACGAAAAGAUUAACGCCUACGACGAAGUCAUUGGGAAAAUCCAGGAGUGCGAAGCAAUGCUUACCUGCGCCGAAGACAAGGGCCAACAGAUCGCCAACGACUGUUCUUCGCAAGAUCGUAAUAAUAUCACUGAACAAUUACAAUCUAUUAAACAAUCGGUUCAGAAUUUGCGUCGACAGGUCGAAAAUAAAAUACAAGAACACAAGGAAACUGCCGCCGAGUAUAAGAAACUCGACGAAGAAUUGACCGGCAUUUUGGACUGGUUGCUUUCCAAAGAAGCCACAAUUAAAUCGAGACCUUUAUUAAAUCGGGACGUGGAGAGUGUACAGAAGGAACUAGACAAUCAUCAAAAGCUUAAAGAAGACGUCGACAAAUACCUCGAUCGUAUCCGAGAAAUAUUGAGCUCAAACAAUAAAGACGACGACAUGCCAGGAUCUCUCACGGAAAAGUUAUCAGAAGCAAGUUCGCUACUCUCUUCGAUACCCCGGGAACUCCAGGAGAGGGAACGCUAUCUCGAAGAAAGCAAAGUUCUGCGUGAAAACUACGACUUGUUGAAAAAGAAACUUUUCGAUUGGAUUAAAGAAGCCGAGUUACGAAUACGCAGUAACAAAGAGGGUGUCGAUUUUGAGAACAUUCUCACCGAUCUCGAAGAACAUAAGAUUUAUUUCAAUACAGAAACAGUUAUGAAAGAAUUGGUGUCGGUUAAAAUUCAACAGGCCGCCGAUAAAAUAUGGCCCAGCUUAUCGCCGAAUGAACAAGAAGAAUUGAGCAGAGAUCAACAAAAAUGCACGCAGAUGUUGAAGAACACUCUCAAUUCUGCCAAGUCGUUGCAAGCCAAACUGGAACAGAACUGUGACGUGUGGAAGGAUUAUUUGCAAAUUUUGGGAAAAGUGGAAGCUAUUAUUGCAAGGAGUCGUUUCGUCGAUGAGCCUGUGUCUACAUUGGCCGGACUACGUUUCAACAUUCAAAAACUUGACCAUGCCCUGCACGACAUUGAGAAUCAACAAAUCGAACUAGAUUUGCUGUUAGAAAGAGCAAAUGAAGUAUCUAGUCAAGCAGAUCGAAGAAAUAAAGAGCAAAUCGAGAAACAGACGGCCAAAGUUGCGUCUGAAUGGUCGGAUUUGGUUUCUGAUUUGCGGAACCGGAAAAAUACGCUUUCGAAUUUGUCCGAUGUAUGGGAACAGUUCGAAGAGCAAUGGCAAAACUUCGAAGGACUUGUCACAACCACCGAAGAAAAAUGCAAACAUUUAGAUCUCGUAGUACGAAGCGCUGAACAUCUUACCAAUGUCAUAUACCAAAUUGAGAUGUUGGAGUCUGAAGCCAGGUCGUUCGAACCGCUCAAAGAACAAGUGAACAAACUUUCGCAGAUCAUCCUCUUGUUUUUAAACGAAACGUCGAAAAGCUCCGCGGACAUCUUGUCAAAAAAGCUGCAGAAUAUUUCUGAAUCUCAUCAAAGGCUUCUCGAUAGUUUACAAGAAAAGAAGCAAAAAGCCAAGUCCGAUUUGAACGAGUUGGAAAGUUGUUUCGAGCGAAUUUUCGCGGCUAAACGUGACAUCGGCGACGUUUUAAGACAGGCUGAAAACUUGUACGUUUUCGGCGAAGAUUUAGGGACAACUGAGAAAUUACUAAACUCGUUACAACAAACCGCCAAGUCGAGGAUUAAUAAAGCGAAGGAAGUAAUAUCCGAUAUUAGAAAUUAUUAUCAAACAAACCACCACUUAGUUCCGUCAGAUUUGACCAAAGAAAUAACGAAUUUAGAAUUGUUGACUGAAGUUUUAACGAACACAAUGGACGACAAAGAACGAGAAUUCAAAAAAGCGAGAACCGUCCGAACUGAUUACAAUUCCGACAAAUCAAUAUUAACGACUUGGCUCAAAGAUGCCGAACUGAAGAUCGAAGAUCGUAGCGUGGAACCUCACAUACUACACGAAUACAUUCAAGAGAUCCAGAGCGAAAUAGGAACGAUGAUGGAUCGUUUGGAAAAUCUAAUGAAAAAUGGAAAUGGAAUAAUAGAGAAAACUAGAAACGACGAAGAAAAGGGGAUGAUCACGACCACCAUCAACGAUCUCAGUGAUCAAAUGCAUAAGUUAAAAUCAUCUUUAGAGGAAAAGCGACAGCAAGUAAGGGAGACCAUGGACGCCUGGCAGCGUUUCCUAACAUUGUACAAAGCUGUCAUGGAAUGGGUCGCCGAAAAGAAAAUUUUCCUCAAGAAACCCCUGCGAAUCAACCAGUUACAAGAUGCCAAACAAUUUUUACACGAUUAUUCAUCUGUUGUCAAGAGUUGUAAAACUGCGACGAAAAAUCUGAGCGAAAUGGCCAAAGAACUGGAAUAUAUCGGGUCCGUGACGAGUGUAGGAAAUCUCCCGGAGAAAAUGGAGGAAGCCGAAGAGGCGAAAAUUGACGUGGAAUCCCAAAUUCUGAAAAGAAAUUCCCUUAUUCAAGAAACGGCCGAGGAAUGGGAACAAUGCGAGAAGAAGAUGAAAGAAGUGAGAAACUGGUUGGAAAAGACCAAGAACAAUUUAGAUGCUCCUCAGAACAAAAAGAGGCCUCUAAGGGACCAACACGCUCACAGAGAAAAGGUGACUGCUGACGUUGAGAUUCAAAGGAGCAAAAUAUCAAUUUCUGUGGAAAAACUUCAGCUCCAUUUCCGCUCCGGAGUCGAAGGUGGCGAAACGGUGACCGAAUCCGCUCAAAAUCUUCUCGAUGAACUCGGAGGGUUCACCGAAACGGUUAGCAAACAGACAAGUUUGUUGGAAAAAGCAAUAAACCAAGUCGAAAAAUACCAGAUGGAAGUGCAGCAACUUCGCCAACAAAUUAUCCAAGUCGAACAACAGUUACGAGCUACCCUCACCCCUACCUACCUUCCCCAUGAUCGUGAAAAGGCUGCGGAAGAACAACAGGCUCUGCGAAAGCAGAUGGAGGACUUCCGGCAACAGAUGGUACUCCUUUGGGGCAAGAUCCGCCAGCUCGAUCCAACUUUGCUACCGGCAGAGACGGUUCUUGUUGGACUAUCUUAUGCCGAAAUUGCAUCCGGAAAUUCUCGAUCACCUUCUAAAGAUCGCGUAACCCCUACUAUUACCACAACAUCGACCACUAUUACUAGUCCACAUACAAAAAGUACAAACGUUAACAAGGAUUCUGUCGAGGAAUUCACGAUUCCGACAUCAAACGUGAUAGAAGAAAAUAUUGAGAAGGAACCAGACACAAGGGUUCCUCAAGAACACGUCCUUGAUAUACGUAAUGUUCCUAAAGAGAAAUCUGACCCAUACACCAACAGAAGCAAUAGGCCAAGUCGUUCUUCGAAGAGGCCGAGCGACAAAAGGGAACAACAUAAAGUUUCCGAUCAAAAACAAUCGAACAAGACAAAACCUACAGUAGUGGAAAAUAGAGACAACAGGGAUAAUCACCACGAAAGGACUAGAUCGACCACGGUCCUCUCAGAACUUUCAACAAUUUCGCCUCCAGAUCCUGGGACUCAUUCAAGAUCUCUCAGUCCCAUGUGGGCCCUAGGUGGAACCACUUACGCAGAAGUAUUGAGAGGGCUGAAAUAUCAGCAACAACUACAACUACAACAACAGCAACAGCAACAGCAACAGUGUUUAGAAGACUUAAACCAUGAAAGUGUCGAACGAAGUCAAAAUCGUUCUUUAGAGGUAGACAUUUCUGAUCAACAGACUGUAGAAACAACAACAGUGCAAACGUACUCUGGUGUGCCGCAAAGUGAAGUGUCUCAUGGUGCAUACGAAAUUCCAAGUGAACCAGUGUUUCAACAACCUCAAAUAAACACAGUUCCAGCGGGAGUGUACGGUUAUGUCCAAACAGUUCCGGAUUAUGUAGGAUUCAUUGCUUCUGGUCAACAGCUUAUCGAAUCCGGUUUAGGGACUUAUCAUAGUGUGCUUCCCAUCGCACAGGAAUACAACAACCCGACAGAUAUAAUUCAGCCGCAGGUCUAUCCUACAGAUAACGAGCCAGUUGUCUCUCAGAUAUUUGUGUCAUCGCAAUAUCAACAACAAGAACCCAACGAACUUUUUAUACAAGAAGAAAUUGCCGAUGCGAAGAAAAACGAAGAGGACGAGACGGGCGAUAGAAUUCCGUUCGACGUUUCGGCUGCUCGUGGUGCUUCGUAUGCCGCAAUUUUAUCCCAGGGAUUGGAUAAGAAUUAUACUCUCCAGCCAUCCAGGCAAUCUACAAUUACGUCGACAAGUAAUAAACACGAGAAACCGAAAGUCGUUAGUACUUCUCAUCGUGGAGCGGAAUCCACUUUGACAGAAGACAAGACAAGAAAUAGAAAAUAUAACUCUAGAGACUCGCAAAGAGAUAAUUCUGGAGUUAGAAAUGACGAAAAAUAUCGACCUCGCAAAAGGAAUAAACAUAUACAGAGCAAUGUGCAAUAUCUUAGAGAUCCUAGUCCGAUCGGUCGCCAUGGAGAGCCCGUUUUUGUAGAAGAAACGGGUGGUGAUCGUCUAGAUAUAACCGAUUUCUCAAAUACUUCUUUAGAUACCUUCCAACCAAAUGAUAAAGAAGAAGUCAGAAUCGUCAGCGAUUGGUAUGAUGAAAUAGAAAAGGAGUCGAAAGAUAUUGCGAACGAACCGAAGCAAGCAAAAGCGACCAGUAAAAGUAAAAGUGUUGCAAAACUUCGAGAGGAAGGUAAUAGUCAAAUUGAAACAAAAGAAAAAGAGUCGAAACAUAGAAAUAAAAAAGGACAAAAAAAGGCUACUAAAGAAGAAAGAACGAAUGUAUUGCAAGAAAUCCAACGAAGUAAUAAGAAAGUUAAGGAGUUAUCAAAAGAAAAAGGAUUUCAAGUUGAACCUGUCGAUACAGACAAAGAAAACCAAUCAAUCAUUGAACAUCAUGCUGUUCUUGAACACAGUAAAAAAGAAAAGAGAAAAACUAAGAGUCCGGUGCAUUUAAUAUUUGAGGAGAUACAACCUCAACAGAAGCAAACUGCUAUUGAAGAACACGAAACCGUAGAAGACGUCACAACGUCUAACAUCACCCCAUUGUCUUCCGACACAGAAAGUAAAAAAAGAAAGCGAAGUAAGAAAAAGAAACCCAUUGAGAAAACGCCACAGUUACAAGAAGAAUCAGAAAAGGCACAGUCAGUAGAAAAAGAAACAACUGAGUUUCUGAAAGCCGAAAAGGUAGAUAGUCAGGUACCAGAAACAAACACAGAGGAAGACACAGCGGUUUUGCAGCAAGGAAAUAAGAAGAAAAAUAAAAAGAAAAAGAAGAAUGCCAAAAACCAAACGUCUCAUGAAGAUCCGGAUACAUCCAACUUAGAAUUAGACGAAAAUAUAGGCCAUCAAAGUUCGCAAAUUGUUGAUAUAAGUAGCAACAGAACUGACGAUACAAAUAACGAAAAUGUAAAUAUAAUCGUUGAAACUGAGACCACUGCACAGACCACUUCUCCAGUUGUUGCAGAAACCAGUGGUAAAGUUGCGAAAAAACGAAAACGAAAACACAACAAAAAAGAAAGUGAACCUGUCAUAUCACGUGAUGAUUUAAACCCACACUUAGCAACUCUCCCAAAAGUGGAUGCACCAAUCGAUACGGAAAUGAAGCAACAGUCCACAGUGGAUGAAGAAGCAGCAGACAUUCAAGUUGUUACUGAAGAAGCCGUUCUCAAAAAUGACUCCCACAAUAUUACAAUUGAAAAGAGCGAAGAUAUAAAGACAGACUCUCUCGUUAUAUCAAAUUAUGAGUUACCAAAAGAUUUAGCAAUCAAUGACGACGAUCGAACGCAGGUGGACGUAGAUUUUAAAACAGUGGCACCUGUUCUACCGCCAAGAACUCACAGGGUGGUGCUUAUAACUCACGAAGAGAUUAAGAAGACUCCUACACUGACCGUUAAAAUGGAAUUUCCACAGCCAACCACCCAAGUUGAAACGAAAAUUACGGCGAUGUCAACGGAAACAGUCAGCAAGGAACAAAGCCUUGAAGAAAUUGGUUUGGAACAAGUCAUCUUUGGUUCAGUAAAAGAAAGGCCGAUCUUAAAGGAACCUUCCCAAAAGACGAAAAAGAAAGACAAGAAACAGAAGAAGGAGUUAAAUAAAAAUCAAAACGAGAAGGGACUUCAUUUGCCAUUGGAAGAAGAGAAUAAACGAGAAGCGAUUGUUGAGUGUACCGGUGGCAGCUUUUAUGACGAAAAAAAUAAACAAAUGACGAUAGAUUCUAAAACAUCUUGUUCCGAAUUCAUACGAAAAGAGUCAAUAGUUGAUGUAGAAGUGAACGAUGUACAGGAUAUAUUGAAUGUCCUUACUGAAUCUCAAAGUAAAAAAGGUAUUAAGGACGAACCUGAACACAAAAUAGAUGGUGGGGGUGAUCUUCAAGAAUCCCAAAAGAAAACAGAUGUCGAGGAGAUUGCCCUCAGUGAAUCCAAAAAUAAAAAAGACGAUAAGGACAAAAAGUCAAAGAAAAAGAAAAAGUCAAAAUCUAAAUCUGUUUCUUUCGAAGAAAACGUUCAAGUUGUAGAUAUUGACGAUUAUCCAUCGCUAAAUGUUUCAAGUUCAGAAACGCAAGAACAUAAUGUUGUUCUUUUCAAUGAAAAACACAGUCUUGAUGGUGUAUCCAAAUAUGUGCCACUUAUAGUUGACGAAAAAGAUUCUGCAGCGGAAAACCAAAUGAUAACAACAGAAUUAACAGUUACAGAAGUAGUUGAGUCGUCUCAAGAUGUAUUCGAAAAAAUCGUUCAUACAAAAAAGGCCGAACUUACGAAAAGUGAAGAGAAAAUGCUGUUAGAAGAUAAAGUUGAACAGAUUAGGCCUUUCGAUACCGUAGAGGAAUUAAGACAAGAAGAGAUGAAAGUACAAGAACCUAUCGCUCUCUUAGACUCCAUUAAAGAAACUGAAACAAACGGUUCAAAAGAUAAACCUGAAAAGGUUGAAUAUAAAGGUUUACCAAUUGAUGAAUCUGCUAAUCUUUGGAUGAGUUCAGAAAUUGUCUUACCAGAUGACGAAACUGAACAAACUAAAGUUCUGGACAAUAUAACAGAGUUAAAAUCAGAAGAAAAGAAAGAGGAAGAAUCCAUCGCCUUCACAGAAUCCAGUUUUAUUGAAAGCACUGCUAAAGAUACAGAAGCACAGAGUUCAAAAGAUAUUGUAAAAGAUAAACCUGAAAAGGUUGAAUAUAAAGGUUUACCAAUUGAUGACUCUGCAGACCUUUGGAUGAAUUCAGAAAUUGUAUUAUCAGAUGACGAAAGUGAACAAUCUAAUGUUUUGGAUACUGUAGUGGAAUUAAGACCAGAACAGAAGAAAGUGGAAGAGCCCAUCGCUCUCACAGACCCAAUCUUUGUAGAAAGUACUGUUAAAGAAACAGAAACGAAUAGCUCAAAAGAUAUAGCAAAACAUAAACCGGAAAAAGUGGAAUAUAAAGGUUUACCAAUUGAUGAGUCUGUGGAUCUCUGGAUGACUUCGGAAAUUGUACUACCAGAUGACGAAAGUGAACAAAAUAAAGUUUUGGAUGCUGUAGCGGAAUUAAAACCAGCAGAGAAGAAAGUGGAACAAUCCAUGGCUCUCACAGACUCGACUUUUGUAGAAAGUACUGCUAAAGAAACAGAAGCAAAACUGGAAAAAGUGGAAUAUAAAGGUUUACCAAUUGAUGACUCUGUAGACCUUUGGAUGAAUUCAGAAAUUGUAUUAUCAGAUGACGAAAGUGAACAAAGUAAGGUGUUGGAAACUGUAGCGGAAUUAAGACCAGAACAGAAGAAAGUGGAAGAGCCCGUCGCUCUCACAGACCCAAUCUUUGUAGAAAGUACUGUUAAAGAAACAGAAACACACAGUUCAAAAGAUAUAGCAAAAGAUAAACUGGAGAAGGUUGAAUAUAAAGGUUUACCAAUUGAUGACUCUGUAGACCUUUGGAUGAAUUCAGAAAUUGUAUUAUCAGAUGACGAAAGUGAACAAACUAAUGUUCUGGACACUGUAGCGGAAUUAAGACCAGAAGAGAAGAAAGUGGAACAAUCUACCGUUCUCACAGAUUCCACUUUUGUUGAAAGUACUGUUAAAGAAAUCGAGACACCCAGUUCAAAAGAUAUAGCAAAAGAUAAAUUGGAGAAGAUUGAAUAUAAAGGUUCACCAAUUGAUGACUCUGCAGAUCUUUGGAUGAGUUCGGAAAUUGUACUACCAGAUGACGAAUGUGAAGAAACUAAAGUUUUGGAUACUGUAGCAGAAUUAAGACAAGAAGGGAAGAUAGAAGAACCUUUGACUUUAUUAGAUUCUCCCUCUGUAGAAAGUAAUGUUAAAGAACUUGAAGCAAAUAGGUCAACAGAAGUUGUAAAAGACAAAUUGGAAAAAGUUGAAUAUAAAGGUUUACCGAUUGAUGAGUCUGCUGACCUUUGGAUGAAUUCGGAAAUUGUAUUAUCAGAUGACGAAAAUGAUCAAAUUAAACCCCUAGAUACUGUAGUAGAAGUAAAACAAGAAAAAACUGGAGCAGUGAAAAAUUCUGUUCUGUUAGAUACGACACCAGUAGAAAAUAAGGUUGAAGAAACCGAUGCAAAUAAUUUAAAAGAAACUAUAAAGGACAAAAAAGAAAAAAUUGAAUAUAAAGGUUUACCAAUUGAUGAUUCUACUGAUUUAUGGAUGAAUUCGGAAAUUAUAAUAUCAGACGAUGAAGAUGAACGAAACAAAUCAAAUGUGAUAAUAGACGGAGAUGAUAAAGGAAUUGUAAACAUCAAACAAGAAGUAAAAGAAGACAAUUUUAAGGGAGAAAGUGUCUGCUCAACAAUUACGGAUGUUAUUCAUCCAAAUGUUACUGUAGUGGUCGAGGAAUCUGACAGUAAACAAGAAAAACUGACGACUUCUCAGACUAGCACUGAUACAGUACUGAAUGAAGGAAAACUGAUUGUAACAGACCGACCAGAAGCUGAUUUUAUCUCUGACGAAGAUAUGGAAGAGAGACCAAUUUCCACAAUCACAGAAGACAUCAGAAAGACCCUCGGUUGCGAAAAAAUUCCAGCAACAAAUGAGCAAAUUGCAGAGAAACUAAUGGACGAUGUUCUUCCCGAAGUACAUAAAAGAGAAAUUGGAUUAGAAGAAAAGCCGACUGCCAAUGAUUUAAAUUUAAACGUUAUUUCAGAAGAUUAUCUGUUAGAAUCGCUAAAAUCCAAAAUGGCUUUUUACAAUGUAGGUGAUUUCAACAAAGCCGAGUCUAAAUACGAAAUCCAAAAAACUGUAGACAACAGAAAGAUGGGAGAAGAUGAAACUAUGAACAUUUCAAAUGAUCUUGUAAUUAAAGAGGAUCUCUUGGCUUAUAACACUGAUAUUCAAUUAGCUACGGAUUUCCUAGAUAAUGAAAAGAUUUACUUAUCAGAACCGAGCUUAGAAUUGAAUAAGUUGGAAAAGACAAAUGCAGAACCACAAAAAGAAGCACCUACAGUGGCUAAGGACUUAAAUCAAGAUCAUCUUAAAUCAGAAGAAGAUCUAUUGGUUCAUAACAGUGAUGUUCAAUUGAUUACGGAUUUCCUAGAAAGUGAAAAGGUCUCUUGGUCAGAACCAAGCGUAGAAUUCAAUAAUUUGGAAAAGAUAAAUACAGAACUACAAAAAGAAGAAGCUAAAGUGGCUGAGGACAUAAAUCAAGAACAUCGUGAAUCAGAAGAAGAAUUGAGGAUUGAUAGUAUAAUUGAAACAAUAGCUAAAGAAGAGGUUACUACAAAUAAAAACAAAACCAUCGAUAUUUCUACUCAAGAAAACGAAGAUAACGUUACGUCAAAAUUAAUAAGCACUAAAGAAUACGACAAUAUGAAAAAUGCAUCGACAGAAAAUGAAAAUUUGGCCUCAGAUUAUAAACAAAUUUAUGAUAUAAUUGGCUACGGACAAGCCGAAAGCAAUUACUAUAAGAUACUCAAUGAAAAUAGUACAAAACGUUUGCAACAAGAACAAGAACAAGAAAAAUCACAAGUGAUUGCUACGAAAGAAAGUGACCAUAAGAUUAUUGAAGACAAACAAGUCACUCCAAAAAUUAAUUAUGAUAUUGUAGCUAUGACUAAUGCCGAAGCUGAUUAUUAUGCAACAUUAGCACAACUCGAAAAAAAUAACGUGAAAUUUGCAGAAAAAGUAGAUGAAGAACCUGAAGAUAUAUCUUUUGAAGAACGAUCGCCUAUUCAAACCUACGAUAAUUACACUCAGAUGCUUAACUAUCUUGGAAGUGAUGAAACCAGUUUUGCUUCCAAUAAUUACGAUGUCAUUGGUAUGAAGAAAGCUGAGGAAGAUUGGAUAGUUGCUAAACAUAAAUUAGAAGAAUCAAGAACUGAAAAAAUAAAAGAAAAUACUCAGAAAGAGAUAUUGACUUCUAGUGAUAAUAUUGCUUUAGAAAAAGUUAACGAAGAAGAACACAAAAUAAUUAAUGAAGAACCUGACACUGACAAUGUCCGACAAAAUGAACAAGCAGAGACAGUUUUAUCGGAAAUCACAGAUAUCGUUAUAGAAUCGAAACUAAACCCUAAUGCAGAAAUAUUUAUUCCUGAAAAUCUACAGUCUCAUAGUAAACCAGUACAUAAUAUCGAGGAAUCCACUUCUCUCUUACCUGCAUUUUAUUCCACCGAAAGCAAUUCCUUUUCUGAUGAUCAAAUCGAACAAAUAUCAGAAAUACCUGUUGACUAUGACAGCCACAGUACUUGGGUUAGUAAUAUUAUCGAAGAAAAUGAUAUCAUCGAAAGUGUUCAGCACUUUGAUGAAAAUAUAAUUGUCGUUCCUGAAUCAGAUCAAACUGAGGAUACGCAUGACAAAUUAGAAAAAGAUGCCGAACAAAUUCCGAGUAUAAUUUUAACAACUGAAGAUGAUCAGACUGCCAAGUCCGAAGAGAAAGAAGUAACUGAAACUCCUUUAAUAGAUAUCGAACCAGAUGAUUCAGGCUUCGAAGAUAAACCAUUAAAUGUACAAGAUAUUGAGAAUCCUGAAGUAGACGUUGCACAUUCGCUAAUCGAAUCAGUAAUUAGUCCUGAUAUAAUAACGAAACAAUCGCCAGAAACAGUCGAAUCAAUGAAAGUAUUUCAUGAAAGUUCUGAAAUUGAAUCCAGGGUGUUCCUGCAACCUGAGGAUGUUGGAGAACAUAAGUCGAAGAGACGAAGGAGAAAAUCUAGAUCAAGGUCUCCACGUCCAUCUUCAGGACCGUCUCCUCAAAGAGCCGAAAGGAAUCCUUUAGAAACGAACUUAUUGAACAGAUAUAGAAGAGUUGACGAAACACCAGUUCAGUCCGUAUGGUCCUUGUCUAGUGACGGUAAAACAUAUGCUGAAGUAGUUGCUAGUGACAGGAAAGAAAGUGAAAGUGAAAACGAUAUUGACGUAGAAGAAGUUAAAAUUCUAGAACUGCCAUUUGCUGAUUCUAAACGUUCACAUGGUGUAGAAGAAAGAGAAGUAAUACACCAAGUGAAAGAUAAAGAUUUAAUACAAAUCUUACCUUCAAAACCUUUAGAAUCAACAGACGUAAUUGUAAGCGAUUCUAAAAAUCAAAUCAGCGAUAAAGAUUUUCCAAAGAAAGAAGAAACGUUUAGCUUAACAGACGUCGAAGUAACACACGAAGUCUUAGAAGAAAGUAAUGUAGAAAUUAAACCACAAGAGACAAUUAAUGAUGGUAAAACGUACGCAGAUGUAGUUUUAUCAAAUUUGUCAUCGCCUGUUAGAAUUACAAGAGAAAAUAUUGUAACAAAACAAAAUGAAUUAGUUAGCGAUCUCAACGAAAAUCUUGUUCGUGUACUCGCUGAAAAUGUCACAAAACGUGCGAAAAUUAUUGAUGAACUUGACAAGGAGUAUGUAAAAGCAGAUGAAACAGCUAAAGAUAUCAGUAAUCAAAAGAAAGACGAACUUGUAAUCGACGAGUCUUUAUCUGCUCCAUCAGCAAACGAAAAAGAGUCUACAGAGAAAACUUCAAAGAAGAAACAGAAGAAGAAACACAAAAAGAAUGAAGUUACAGAUAAAACAAAUCCUGCAGAAGAACCUUCCAGAGUAACACCUGCUGAAGUAUUUGUAGAGAAAAAAGAGAACAAAGAUGAAAACGAAUAUGUGAAGGAAAUUCCUGCAGAAAAAUCCAAAAAGAAGAAAAAGUCAAAGAAACAUUCCAACAAACAACAAAUCGAAUUAAAUAAAAGCAAAAUUGAAGAAGAUUCUGAAACAGUCAAACAAGAUAAUAGUUUAACAAAAAUGGAAAAUGUAACACAUGAAGAAGGUUUUGAAACAAUCCAGCAAGAUAAUAGUUUAACUAAAAUGGAAAAUGUAACACAUGAAGAAGGUUUUGAAACAAUCCAGCAAGAUAAUCGUUUAACUAAAAUGGAAAAUGUAACAGCUGAAGAAGAUAUUGAAACAAUUACACAAGACAAUACUUUAACAAAAGUAGAAAAGAUAACAGCUGAAAAAUGUUCUGAAACAAUUGAGCAAGAUAAUAGUUUAACACCAAGAUUAGAGGAUGAAGAAACACCUUUCAAAAGUAAGAACGAUGUUAUGGAAGACGAAUGGAUUGUAAUCGAAAAGCCGGCGGACAAUCAAGAAAAAUCUUUGGAAAAACCAACAGAAGAAGAGGAACAAUUAGUUAUUGUGGAAAGCGAUGACAUAAAACAAUACCAUUUGGAGAACAAAGACAAGGACGUUUUGGCAGAGACACCGUCUUUACUUUCCACAAUUGUUAGUCAAGUUUCGAAACUAUUUACCGGAUCUAAUACUUUACAACAGAAUGAUAUUGUAGACUCUGCUAAAACCGAAACAACAGGAAGCGAACUUGUAAAAUAUUUGCGCGAUGACGGUCCCUUUUGGAUAUCUAAACCGUUAUAUUCAGACAGCGAACGCAAUUGGCAAACAUUUCUAGCAAAGGCCAACAAGCCUGUGAAAAAGUCAGACAUUAUAAAAAAGGAUAACAUUGAAGAUCAACAUGACGACAAAGACGGCGGCAAUUCGAGCGGGAGAAGUUGUUCUCCUAGUUCCGAUAGCGGCGACAAAUUCGGCCAACAGGAGUCGCCAAAUUCGUCUGAAAACAGUUACGAUUACGCAGAUUUACCUGGAGGUUUAUGUAGAUGGAAAGACCAAAGUACUUACCUAUCUUUGGAAUCUAACGAACGCGCUGGCGAUUCAGCAAACUCCCCUGGUUUAGAGUUUGGAUCUGACAUCGGAUCAGAACUCUAUUACAACAUUUUGGAGUAUAACAGAGCUGAAUCCAAUUGGAUAAAAUAUUUUGCUGGUCGUCAAUCAACGCCAGAUCAACCUAGCGUUGAUGUAAAUGUAAUAAGCGAUACAGAAAUAUUUUCGUACAAUAAAGAAAAGAAACCAAAAAGUAAAAGAAAAGAUUUUUAUGAAGACGAGUUUGUUGUCGUAUCCGUUGACGAGUUGAAACCACAACGUACUAAAAUUGCCGUCGAAAACGUAAAACCUUUUUCUCAAAGGGCUAUCUUUUACGACAGCGAUGAGCAAAAAGAUAAGCAGUCAAUAAAAUUACCCACAAACGACUUUAUAAAACCACCAAUAAACGGUACAGACUCAACAACGACAUUGACCGAAUCCCAAAUCAAUUCCCAAUCCUUAGGGCCUCACAAUAUUCAAUUACCUUCACCUCCAGAUGACAGGUCAUCACUUGAAGAUGGCGCAUGCGAAUCAUCGGACAUUCAAAAGAUGUCAAUUGAAUUGGACAGUUUAAGGGAAGCCCUGCGGAAAACAGAAGAUUUAGCUUUGCAUCUACCUCAACACGAUUUAGAUUCAAUCUUGAACGCUCUUUUGGAAAUAUUUGCGGAUUUAAAAAUUUAUUCAACGGAAGCAAUUCGUUUGGAAAAUUUAAUCCUCAAGUUACCAUCGGACAGCGACAUUUGUGAAUUGUCGGCGCAUUUGGUGGAUAUUAGGACAAGAAUUGCAACCCUACUUUCCCAAACUAAUAACGGAAUUAACGCAUUAAAGAUUGCAAAGGAGACGCAAACAGCUAAACAACACCAGCUGAUCGGGUAUCAAGAAUUCCUCAAUGAGUUAGAACUUUGGCUCCAAACAGCGCGUCACUCCCUGACACAAAUUUUGUCCGACAGUGCGGAACACAAACCUGACGAUGACAUCAUUCGUUUGAAGGAGUUACAUCGCGAACUAGACGAGAAACGGAAGCAAUUCCCGAAAUUGUACUCGGUCUGUGAGGAAUUUAACAAUUCUCAUCCGGAACUAAAACAAUUGGCUCAAGAAUUACGCGAGCAUCUAGAAAGUUUGCUGAUAAUCUUCGACGAAGAAGAAUUAACGAUUGUUACAGUAAUACGUCGGUUAGAAGAAGAAAUUGUCCAAAAACGGUUACGCACUGUUAGGAGUCCUGACAUAUCUGACAACACGUUGGAUUCCAGCUCUAUGCCAGUUGAUGAACUUGGCAUACAUGUGGAUAUGGAUACGAAAAGGUCAACGGAAAUUAAAAGUAAAGAAGAUGUUGUGAAAGGUGUCGCCAUCGAAACCCAAACGGGAUCCAGUCUGUUGUCAUCUUCACCUGUUGUAAAGAAACCGAAGAGAACGAAAAGCGCCGGUGUUACAUGCGUACCACCCGUUGAUGUUCAAACUCAAACGAAAAGCCCCAGUUCGGAUAAUGACACCCAGCCGCCCGAAAAAGAACAAAUCACCAUAUCGAAGAAGAUAACCGGGAACCAGGAAACAAUCCAAAUACUUACAGCACCGAAACAAUCCUCUCAUCCGCUCGACGAAGAUCUUGUCGUUAAAGCAGAUUAUACCGAAAGGAAAGAACAAAAAUCCCCACAAAUGAAUGAUAACAAAACCGAAAUAAAUAUCUUACACUCGAAGAAAGAUAAACCGUUUGAAACAAUUCUGGUGGAACCGGACGAAACCACAACCGAAGUUAUUGUGGAUGCGGACGGAACCAAAAGGAUAAUUGUCAAAAAACAACGUAAAACAAUCGUUUCUAGGAAGCAAACUGUUCGAGAAGUCACGUCGCUGCAUUCCUAUGUGGAAACAGAUGCCAAAAAGCCCACAGAACAUUCGUUUUCGCAAGUAACGUUGGAAGGGCAACAAAGCAACGUUACCACACAAAAGCCAGACGGAAAGACUGAAACAUUAACAACCCAGAAUUACGAAGGGAAGUUAAUGUCUGGAGUAGCCGGCGGUCAAGUUACCGUCCAGGAAUUUCAAUCGGAACCGGAACAAUAUUACACGGUCGAAGAACCUCAAGAUGAAAAAGGCUCAGCAGCCUACCUGAGUUUCGAAGACGGUCGUCAAAAUAUACCACUCCCGCAAGAAAGUCUUGAGUUCUUACAAGCCGGGGAACACAUACACACCAGCAGUUCAACAGUGAAAGCAGUUGUGCAGCACGUCACGAGAAAAGUCAUCAGAAAAACCCGGAGGAUAAUAAGGAGAACAGUUAUCAUCGACGGCAAGGAACAAGUGACCGAGGAAGUGGUCGAAGAGCCGGAAGAAGUUGAAGUCACAGAAGAGGGAAUACCGAGGAUUAGUAUAAACGUAUACAGGACUCAAGAUGUUGGUCAAGCCACUGAAAUAAAUCAACAAGAGACUCUUAAGUUCACGACGGAACCUGGUUCGAAAGUUGUUUCCGAAACUCUUGAAACGUCUCAGAAAAAGUCUGAAGACGACGAGAGGUACGUGGUAGAUGAUUCGAAACAUGAUGCACUUGAAACUAAAACCGCACCCGUAAUAUCUGUAAUUGAACCGAUUGAAAUCAUUUCAGAGGAAAUUUCUAGUAGAGGUGUCGUCACAAAUGAACAAGACGAAAAAGAUAAGUCUACCACAGUUAGUUUGCUUGAAUCCGAACAGUUGCACGAUAAGCAUGUCUUAGGCAGCAUCAGUAACGUAGAACUGUUUUUAGAAAAUGAAAAAUUGCACGUAGACCAUUUGAAAAGUAUUCCUGAUACGGUAGAACCAAUUUCAGAAGUAGUUGUAGAACAAAUAAAGACUGACAGAGAGGCCGAUGAUCAAACCAACGCAAAAUCGACCCAAAAUUUAGUCACAUUAGAAACUACUAGUCGACAAGUGCCAAAGAGUUUGACAGUAACUGAUAAAAUCGAUAGUCGCGUAAUUUUUCCAGAAACUGUCGACGAGAUUAAAACAAAAGAAAUUCCUGAAACACUAAUUGCACUUGAUGCGACACAAGUAGAAAGACCAUUAAUGAAUGUCUUAGAACAGACAGCGAUCGUAGCUGAAGAAUCUCAAGUUGUUCCUGAUGUGAUCCAUGAAGUUACGGUUUCCAGUGAAACAGUGGAUACAACUACAAAAGAACGAACAGAAGAUGCAGUUGAAACAGAAAAAAUAACUCUUGUAGAAACUAAACCCACUAAGGACCAACCACUUUUUGUUGUUAGGACUGAAGUUACCGUUCCUGAUGAUGCGAUCCAUGAUGUUACGGUUUUCAGUGAAACAGCAGAUAUAACCACAAAAGAACCAACAAAAGAUGUGGUUAUAAUAGAAAAGUUGACUCCUGUAGUAACUAAAACCAUUAAGGAUGAACCACUUCCUGUUAUUGGGACUGAAGUUAUCGUUCGUGAUGAUGCGAUCCAUGAUGUUUCGGUUUUUAGUGAAACAGCAGAUAUAACCACCAAAGAACCAACAAAAGAUGUGGUUACAACAGAAAAAUUGACUCCCGUAGUAACUAAAACCAUUAAGGACGAACCACUUCCUGUUAUUGGGACCGAAGUUAUCGUUCCUGAUGAUGCGAUUCAUGAUGUUACGGUUUUCAGUGAAACAGCAGAUAUAACCAUAAAAGAACCAAUAAAAGACCCGGUUACAACAGAAAAAUUGACUCCUGCAGAAACUAAACCCGUUAAGGACCAACCACCUUCUGAUAUCACAGCUAAAGAAACUAUUACUAUUAAGAAAGAAAAGUUCGAUGAGUCUCCAUCUCAGCCAAUUGUAGAAGAUGUGACAAAGUCAGAAAAUGUUGAAGAGGGGAUUGCUUUUAAUGGUUCUAUAAUAGAAAAACAACUAUUAACUGAUAAUAUAACUGCCAGGUUUAUAGAAAGUGAACAAAACAUUGCUGUCGUUCAUGACAAGGAUGAUAAAACUGCUGAUAAAGUGAAAAAUAUUCCUAAAGAAGUCGAAAUCUUCCUGUCGUUAGAAGAGAAGACCUUUGGAGAAAAAGCGGUUACUCCAUCAAUAUCUUUUGCCCGUAAGAUGGACGAACGACAACCCGAAGCGGAGGCCACCAACACAGAUAUUUUUGUCGAAUUACCCACCACAAAAGAAAAGAAAAUUGCCAAACCCGACACUCCAACAGAACAAAUUAUUCCAAAAGUCGAGGACAUUCCGGAAGAAAUAUUAACAUCCAGCGAAAUAGAGUAUGGCAAACGAAAGGGCAGAAAGAAGAAAAAACAUAAAGGCAACGUAAAAGCAGAUAGCCAAACUAAAUCAGAAGAAGACGAAACAGCAUCCUUUUCGACAUCGCUAGUACAGUCUGUCGAAAUCGAUUUUCCUGAAGCGGAGCCACAAUUAACCGAAACACCUCAACCAACAAUUGAAGCUCUAGCUAUUGAAUCUUCGGUCGAUAAAACUACUGAAGAAUUAUCAGACAUUGAACAAGACACUGGUUAUGAGCCAGAAGACAAAACAACUGUUGACGAUAGUUUAUUGGAUGAAGAUACAGAGAGCAAGAAAAAACGCAAAAAGAAAAGAAAGCAGAAACAUAAGUCUAAGAAAUUGGAAGAAUCGCCGUCUGUCGAGUCCCACGCAGAGAAGAGGUCAACUCCUGAAGCUAUAAGUGAAACCAAGGAAGUCAAAGAGGCGUCAAAGUCUGAACCUGAACGUAUCGACCAAUUACCUCGCGAAGUGCCGCAAGAGGCUGAAAUUAAUUUACCCAAUUCGGAAGAGAUUCCUUCAAUCCAAGAUUCUUUCAAAACAUUCUCACCUUCUGACGAUACAGAGUCAGUAAAAGUAAUCGAACAGGGCAUUCCAUCGAGACCAUCAAGCGAAUCACUCGAAUCCAUUGCAUCUAAACUUGUAACUACUGUGCCCGUUGUAGAAAUGGUAGCGACUCAAGAAACACUUACUCAAACCUCACCGUUAGAUAAUGUCGAGUUGCCGAAAGAAAUUCCUUCAGAAUCCGUCCAAUUGGUGCCAUUAUCUGUCCAAACGUCUCCCGAAAUUCUGCCCGAAACAGUUGAGCUUUCCACUCAGACAAGUCUUGAAGAAGCACCUGAAUCAAAAUCUGUUGCUCCGGAACAGGCAGAGUUGAGGGAAUCCUUUAGUCAAGUCGAAAUUGACAUAACCGAAGCCAAUACUCAAACUACAACCCCAGAAAAAAUGGAAGCAUCCGUUUCCGAACAAUCUGCCCAAACUGUUGAGGUGCCUAGUAAAAUUGAAGGUUUAGGAGGUCAUGUUGAAACAGUAGUUGACAUACCGGGCGUUCCCAAGACGGAAUCGGCGAUGCAAACUUCGCAAGUCGAUUAUAGCGAAGUGACUGUCCAGACUGCAACACCUGAUAACGAUAAAGUACAAAAAUUGGAUAUGGUUACCGUAGGAAUUCAAGAGAAGCCAAGUUUAGUAUCAGUGGAAACGUCUCCUCCACUAUUUCUUGAAGAAACUCAAAUUAUCUCGGAACCAAAACAAGACGAUAGAGAAGCGCAAAGUACGACUUCAUUCACUCAAACUUCUUUAGAAGUUACCGCCACGGAAUCUGUGCAGACUUCUCCAAUACCUGAACCUGAAGUUACUCAAACUGCUUCGAUAGAUCAGAAGCCAGAACAAGCGUCACUCUCCGUUCAAACAUCUCCGGAACAUGUAAUAGAAUCCAAAGUGGAAACUUCAGAAAAGCCGAUGCAGACAUCCCCAACUCCAGAAAUUGUUCUUAUUGACGAGAUUGAACAAACUUCUCCCUCUAUCUCUGUAAUUCAAGAGCCCCAAAAGGCUAUAGAAAUUACCACGACAGAUUCCCAAACGGAGCCUGUGAUCAUCGGUAGAAACGACAUUUCUUCGAGUACAUCUCCUUCAAGCGAAGAACCGUACGAGAUUCACGUUGAAGCUUCUGUGGUCAUACCUUCGGAACCAGUAGACAAUAGUAAUGAACCCGGUUUCCCUGUUUUGCAUGACAGUAAAGAAAAACAACAAGCAAUAUCUGUAGCAGGCCCCAUUGAAAAUGAUGAGGUAGUAUCAAUUGAUAUUUCCGUUGAUUCUGACAUAAAUAAAGAUACGUCUUCAAAGAGAGGACACAAACGAAGGAAGAGAAAACACGAACAAAAGCCUGUGGAAGAAACUCCAACUACUAAAUUCGAAGAAAUUCCAGGAGUGUCGCCUUCGUUUGUUCCUCCAGGAUCGUCUGCGGAUCUCCUUUAUGCAGACAUUGUCAAGAGGGGUUCUCGAGAGCCUUCUCCAGAACCAACGGUGCAUUACCCAAUAGUGAAGGAAGACGUUUCGCAAUUAUCAGACGAGAAAGUAGGCCAAUCGGUUGAUAUUCAACAGCAUUCCACAAGAGACGAAGGAAGAGAUAAGGAUAGUAGGGUGGAGAAGACAAAAGAAAUAAUUUCAUUUGGUGGAGAUACAAUCAGCGUGGAAUGCGCUCUGGAAACUUUCUUAACACCCGCUGAAGAAACAACAGUCCCUGCUGUAGAAGAUGCUAAGGCAAAAGAAGAUUUGGUUUACAAGAAGCAACCGUCAAAAGUAACACCUGAUACGAACAGUAUUGUGUCGUUUAUUGAUAGUGAAAGAAAUCAGGCGUCUGAAUUAUUGCCACAACCGGAAAAGCAAAUAUCUGUAGAAAUCAGCAAAGAAAUUGAUGUUGAACCUUCUCGUAUAAUAGCAGACAGUGCAAAAGAGAGUGAAGCCACAGCCGGUAAAACUAAACCGCCGAAACCAUCCAAACGGAAAUCAAAAUCUAAACCACCAACUUCUGUAACAAUAGAAGAAGUGUUAUCUCCAACGGAAUCGAGUGAUGUACCCAUAACACCCACCAGUGAUUCUGUUUCGUUUGCCAAGAAUCAAUCCAAAGAAACAAUAUCAUGGGUUCGAGCUUCAGAACCUUCCCAUCUCCUUAUUGAAAGCGAAAAGGUCUACGGAGAAUCACCACAACAAAUACAGCGAAACAUAAUAAAAGAACUGGAUGUUAAAUGGACCAGUGCGCAGGCGAUUGAACGUUUGAAGAAUCUUCAGAACGCUUCCCGAACAACGCAUUUGAGUGACGUUCUUCAUCUUGCAACUCUGCACGAAACUGUUACUGAGGAAUCCAUAAAACAAAGGAACGACAACAUUCAAGAGCAACUAGAUAAAUUACGAACUGCCAUCGACUCCAAAGAUACCGAAACGAUACAGGUUACUGUUAUCACAACCGUCGACGAGAUAACAACGUGGUUAAAAACGAUAGAAUAUCGAAUAUACCUUAACAGACAACAAGUUAUUGAUGGACCAUCUAUAGAAAGGCUGCAAGAAUUCGAUGAACUAAAAAGUGAAAUUACGAGCAUUGAGAACAACAUGAACCAAUUACAGAAUGCUCUCGACAACACGCAUGAUAUUUAUAACGAAAACGAACGGGAACAGAUAUGCGAAAACGUCGAUAGUUUACAAAAACAGAUCAAACUCAUUGAAGAAAUCACAAAUGAAAACGAACGUCUGACAGCUAAUGACCUGGAACGAUGGAACGAAUUUAUUUGCGAAAUUGAGAAUGUAAGUCAAAAUGUGUUGGAACUAAAGAAGGAGUUCAAUUACCUCAUCGAAUCUGAUGCUUCUCCAGCGUCCAAGUUGAACGAUUUAGAACGUCUCGAAAACGAUAAUCGUUCCCAUAUGCUCAAAUGCAGCCACUUAAUAACAUUGGCAAAAGGCCUAAUGCGUGAUUUUCCAUCUCAAGAGAUUCCUCAAGAGGUUUAUUCGAAUCACGAUAUUACCAAACAAUUAGACAUCUGCAUACUCAGCGAGCGUGAAAAGACUCUACAACUUCUGGCGUUAGCCGAAGAAUACGUUCAAACCCUUCAAGAAUUCGCUCAGAUAAUCGAGAUAGCCGAAGCUCUCGUUGAAAGCACGAUUUCCGUAAACAGCCUGGAGAACUUGGAAGAAGAAAUGCAGAACCACCGGAAAUUCUUCGUCAACUUAAGCCAUUGCAGAGCAAUUUUAGAAUCUUUAGAAGAAAACCUGGAUCAGGAAACGAAGAUGCAGCAUUCUGUAUUGCAUCAAAGCUUGUACCAAAGAGCCAGCCUAAUAAUCGACAAAGCUUCCGGCAGAGUUCAACAAAUGACUUCGGCCGCAGCCACAUGGCACAUAUUGGAACAGGGAAUGAAGGAAGAAUCGAAAUGGUUGCAAGUCGCUCAACAGAGGGUUCCCGAUUUGUCCAGUGUCACUUCCGUAGACUUUGACCAGUACAUCAACCUCUUUACGUCAUUGUCACUCGACAUUUCUCAUCAUCAAGCCAAACUCACCCAGCUCAGCAACAUGGCGCACAAACUACAAGAUCUGGUACACUGUUCUGGAUUAGAACAGACGUAUGUGGGUGCAUUGGAAAUAUUGUCCAAAUUACAAGACGAUGUGAAUUUCAAUUUGAAAAGAUUGACCGCGUUCAGAGAAAACUGGUCAACGUACAAUCUACUGAGUGACAAAUUGGAAUAUUGGCUCAAAGAAGCAGAACAAGAACUGAUGCAAAUAGAGACACUCCCCGACUCGUUGGUGCCCACUCCUCGCUAUAUGAGACAAUUCUGGGAAUUAAAAGCUCAACAUGAAGUUCAAAACAACGUCCGCCUGGAAUCGACAAAUGCGUUGGAGAAAUCGAUGCAAAUAAUACCGGUUGCAGAUGAAAUGUUGCAACGUAAAUUCCAUUCCGAUUUGCUUAAUCAGUGGCAAGUAAUAUCGAAAUCUAUAGGAGACAUGAAGACGGCAAUAAUUGAUAACAUUUCCGCACCCGACGUACCAGUUACCGAAAAAUUAGCACUCCUAGAAAAAGAACUGAACGACCUAAAGUCCGAUUUGGAGAGUUUGCAAGGAGUUAUAAAAACCGAAGAAGAAUUGAACCUGUACAUCGAAAGGUUACAGUUGAUGUCUGAAAGACUGAGAACAAUUCAAAACGAACUUGGUCGUUUAGGAUUGCUGUCGGCAAACGAAUCGGAAAAGGUCGGUAAUCUGUUCACAUUGUCCAAGAGCUUAGAAGUCCAAAUAGCCGAAGAAUAUGACGGAAGUACAAUACUCAAGGAACGUCUGUUACAAAUAAAGAAAGGCUUGUCGAGAGUCAGACGACAUCAUGCUCAGGCAACGGAAACCUUGGACAGGUGCGAAAGCGCCGAGAAGCUCGGCAGCGAAGCUGUCGAAAAAGCCGUCAUGGAUUGUACAGAAGUUGGCGAAGAAUUGGUAACUCUUUGGCAAGACCUUAUGGGUUUACGUCAACUGUUACAUACUCUUCCCAUGAGACUGAGGGUCACUGUAUCUCCGAUAAAAGUCGAAAGGGAUAUCUCACAGUUGCAAGACGACCAUACGGCUUUAGAAAAACGAUGUGGACACCUUUUGGCCUUGUUAAGAAGCAGGAUGGUUCUUUGGCAGCGAUUCGAGAAACAACUGGAACUGGUACAACAGAGCGUGCACGAAGCAGAUUUCAUGAUGGACCUGUUCACUGUGCAAGGACAAGUGGAUUACGAAAGACUAAGGAAAGCCACAGAAAGAUUAGAGGGAUUGUCGGGCGAUCUCAGUAGUAGAGAGACCUUGAUAGCAGAGUUAAAGUCAGCCGCAGAACCUUUGUCAACGAGCUGUGCACCGGAAGUCAGUGCGAAGAUCGAGGCAGCAGUCGAAGAGGCUGUGACAGCAUGGGAAGAUACGUGUACCAAUUUGAAAGAACUGUGUAAUCGUUAUCAACAUGCAACGGAGUUGUGGAAGAGAUACAAAGAAGCUAGUGAUUUGGUGCGCGAAUGGUGCGAUGCCCAAAUGGAACAAGUUGGAAACCUCGAAGAGAAAGGCGAUAACAUCGAGGCGGUAAAGGUUCGCGAAGAAACUCUUGCAUCGCAUUUAGAACGAUUGUCAGAACUACGUGGUUUGGUGUCGGAGAUCGCGUCCGCCGUGGGGUUGGACGCCCAGGCGCUCCUUGGGGGAGAAGUUGAGGCCCUCGGUCAAUGUUUGCAAGACGUCCGACAAUCGCUCACAUCCCUCGCGGAAAUUGCCGAGAAAAAUGUGACAUCGAAAAAUACCACCGAUGGUCAACUCCGACAGACAAAGGAUUACUUGGAUAGCGUACAAUCGUAUGUGAAUGAUAUUCGGGAAGAUACGAGUGUUGAGAGAGACGACGCGGGUGUCGAAGAAAAUUUGAGAUCGCUGAGAGAUCAUCUGGUAGGAUUAAGUAAAAAGGAAGGAGAUAUACAAAAAAUGAAAAACGAACAAUCGGAAGCGCCUUAUACAAAAACGGAUGUGUCAAUUUUAGAAAUUUUAAAACUUUGGCAACAGGUUUUCCGAGAAACAUUCCAAGAGUAUCAUCGAUUGAGCAGCAGGUUGAUCAAAAACGAAGACGGUGCUGCUGUUUUGAAACUAUGGCAGGAAUACAUCCUGUUCGUGCAACAGUUCCUGUCCGAAUCCAUACCGGGAGACUUCGAGAGUCUUUCAGAGCAUAAUCAGCUGUGUGAAAUCCACCACAACUUGCUAUUGAGCCAACAGGGCGUGCUGAGGUCUACAGAAGAACCGGGUGGAAAACUGGGAAGUGGUGUCGUCGAGGAAAGUAUCAUUGAAAAAUUCAAUUCACUAACCAAUCUCCACAACGAAACCCUCGCGAAAAUAGUACACCGACGCGAGCAAGUAAACGAACGUUUGAACAAAUGGGAAGAGUACAGGAACGGACAAAGCAAAUUACUUGCAUGGCUAAAAGAUAUCGAAAAAGACAGAGAACGUCUACAACUGCGUUACAUUCAUCUUCGGCGUGUUCCCGUGAUCCAAAAUAGAAUCCAAGCCCUACUUAAUAGAAUUCCUUUGGGCGAACAUCAAUCAGAACAACUUCAAAGACAGCUGGAUGUCAUAGUUUCUUUCUGCGAUGAAGCGCUAUCUACGUCGAUCAGAAUGGAACAUGCAGCCAUAACACAAAGGAUAUCGAACCUGCAAGCCGGCCUUCAAACGUGGAACAGCUUCCUCGACAAAAUCGCCCUUCUUGUCAACGAAUACGAAGAACGAGUCAAAAAAGUACAAAUAAUCUACUCCAACGUUCGGGAAAUAAUAGCGGAGUAUUCUCAUCAAAUAGACGACUCUAAAACGACGCACACAGGAAUCAGCAACAGUUUAGAGAAUCUGAGACAGGCCAGGAUUCGUCUAAACGAACUGACCAAAGACCUGGAACAGCUGGGUGUUAUCCAGGAACAACUGAAAGAGUGCGUUAGUCCGUUCGAUAUGAAAACAAUAAAUCAACGCAUGUGGUUGUUGUGGCACGAACAGGGCGACCUGGACCAUCAACUGGCUACCCUAUGCCACAAAUACGAAGACAAGUUGAGUCUCAGGACGACGUUCGAAAUGAGACAGGCGCGCUUCAUGACUUGGUCGGAAAAAUUACUCAAAAAAAUGGAAUCCGACACGAUGGAGAAAAACAUUCCCUUGCAAGAUCCUGACGAAGCUGUUCGACUAAUAGACACGGAGCUAAGAGGAGAAAUGGCACUCAAAGAACGGGAAUACAAUUGGUUGCUGGCCACUGGGGAACAGUUGCACAAGACUUGUGGCGAGGAAUACAGCGAUGUCGUGGCAAAACAGAACAUAAAGUCUAGGGUAGAGGAAGUGCGAGAACGGUGGCAACAACUGGAGAACGUCGGUCAAUCAAAACUCAAUAAGAUCAACGAUAUGACGCAAACCAUGUCCCAAUUGGAACUUAAAAUCGCAGAAAUAAAGGCGUGGUUGCACAAAAUGGAAUUGGAACUUUCGAAACCGAUAGCAUUCGAAAAUUGUACCAAAGAAUCUAUCGAUAAACUGAUGGAAAAGCACGAUCAAGUCAAAAAAUUAAUAGAAAAAGAGAGCGGCGAAGUCGGUGAGGUGUUAAACCUGUGCGAACUUCUUCUCAGUGACGUGAACGUUUGGAAAAUGUACUUCGACAUAGAACAAAUAGCAUCUUCCAUGCAGAGCAUAGAAAAACGAUGGAAGAACGUGUGCGGCACAUCGGCGGAACAGAAACGUAAAAUCACCUUUGUUGGAAAAUUACUUUGUGAACUGCGUCGACUCACCGAAGAACACAACGAGUGGCUAAAUGCCCAAGAAGAAGCCGUACUUAAACUGGACAGAUCUGUUGACAACUUUUCAACAAAAGAAGAAUUACAUAAAGCUAUAGCACAAAUCGAACAUCAAAUCAACGAGCUAGAAUCGCGUGGUCCAGUGUUCGAGGUUUUGGAACAGACCUAUUCCAAAAUAACGAAAACCAAUGGUUUAGAUUCGGACAGUACAAAACGGCACGUUCUAGAAGCGCGAAAAAUGAUUAUGAGAUGGCACUGUUUGUUACCUAAAGCCCGAAGCAUCCUCGACAAGUUCCAGAGCGAAAUGAGUUUAUUCAAGGACUUCACUGACGCUCAUGGAAACGCUGUAAUGGCACUCACCAGGAUCGAUGCCAAAAUAGUGGAACUGGAGCACCUUUCGUCGCCUGAACUUCAAGAAUUUCCGGCACAACAACUGGCGGAAUUGGAGAAAAUAGAGGACAUCUUGAACACCCAGAAUGAAACAUUGGAAAAUGCGGACCGGUUGGGUCUCCUGAUUAUGGAAAAGCACAGAAAGGAAACUGCGUCGAGCGUCCAAGAAAUGAUCGACGAAUAUCAAGUUUUAUGGAAAAAUAUUCAACAAAAAAUAAUCACCCUCAAGUCUGAUCUGCGCCAGAAGGUAGCAGAGAAGAGCAAACAAAUAGCUGACGAAUCUGUCCAAGUAGAAACGCUUAAAUUCGAACAAGAUAUUGCCGUACAAGUAAAUACUUUACCGCCAAAACUACAAAGAAUGACUUCUAUAACUGCCAAAGAUGCUUACGUUAUGGAGUUGUCUACCGCUCUCGAUGAACUGAAACACAACAUGAACGAUUUAGAAGACGCCAUCCAGAAAGAUAUACCACAAAAAGGAUCUCCCGAGUUACAUUCUGAUGGUAAACUUGUUGCAAAAUUGACAGCUGCAUGCCAGUCAUCAACAGAACUGGUUAAACAUCUCAGAGACGUCUUACUGAAGGACUGCGCUGCUUCUGAAGAAGAAUCUAACGCCGAAGAAAUCGACAGGUUGCUACUUAAAUUCGAAAAGCUUGCAAAGAUGGCAAAGAAAAAGGAACUGGCAAUUAAAGAACUGAGGCUAACUAUCUCCGAAGCUUAUGUCUUUGUUUGUGAACAUGAAUCUGGAAGAGUUUUGUGUCCAUUUUGUACCAACAGCAAUUGGAGCCAGUUGGACAACGAUCUGUGGAGAUUGGAACAGUGGUUGCAAGCAGCCGAAGGCAUUCAAUCGUCCCAAAAUUCUCCUCCAACGAACAUCGAACUGUUGGAAGACAUGAUUCAAGACCACAGAGAAUUUCUGCUGGAUCUUGAAGGCCAUAUGAGCAUAAUGAAGUCUUUGAACAUUGUCGGUAAUCAUUUGGCCGAACACACGGAAGAUACGGACAAAGCCGAUAAAUUAAGGGAAAGACUGGAGAAAAAUAACACAAGAUGGGACGUUAUUUGCGUGAAUGCGGCUGCUUGGCAAACUAUCUUACAAAAAGCGCUUUUAAACAAUCGUCAGUUUCAUUCUAUAGUCAGCGAAUUGACCGGUUGGAUUGAAGAUACAGAACGACAAAUCCGAUCGACGGAGCCGAUAGAUCUGACUGUCGAUUCGGACAUUUUGAAAUCGAAAUACAAUCAACUGAGAGAACUCAAGUCGGAACUGGAGAGGUGCGAACCGAGGGUGUUAAGUUUGCAAGAAGCAGCGAACGGCGUGUUUAACGAGGAAGAAGCUCCGGAAGAGUGCAACGUUAUCAUGGCCAGGCUUACGGACUUGAAAUUAAAACUGCAAUCGCUGAUAAGGGUAACGGGAAUUUACAUAUUGAGAUUAGGUGCCACUUUAGGUCUCGACCCCAACGAAAUUGACGUAACAGUAACGACUAGUACGUCCGCAGGACCGACACUCCACUCAUUAAGUUACGACGUAAGUUUGACAAACCGAUGCGUUAUAUUAUAACGUUGAUCUUUUAUUAUUAUCAAUUAUCUACAUGAAUAUGACAUGGUACAUAUUUAUUUACUUGAAUGUCUUGUUAAUAAUUAUUUACCUACUUAUUUGUAUGUUUAUUAUUUAUUGUGCAUCGUGCUCGAGAACGUAUUUACUUGUGAGUUUUUUCCAUAUUCUCUUUUUUUUUCAUUUUUUAGCCUUACGAAAUGAUACGAACAAAAAAAAAUAAUAAAAAAAAAGAAACAGUGAAAUAAUUUAAUGUUGUUCUUGUUGUUGUUUGCUGUGCAACGUUAGCUGUUUAAUUAAUAUCUUGUUGUAUGGUGUAAAAUGAUAAUUUUAUUAAAUGUUUGUCAAUAUGACCUACCAAGUAGACAGGAUGUAGAUGUGCCAUUUCGCCUGCUCGCUGUAAUCGUUUAAUUAUUUGGUGUAAUUAAUAAAAAUAAUUAGGGCA